GAACUCGUGAUCUCGUCGGGAGCAGUCGUCGUGAAAAGCGUGUGUCAGCCGCAAACGAAACCUAAACCAAUCCAACCAAACACACACACCACCACAACCACAGGGAGAGUGUGUGUGGUUUGUGGCACAGUUUUCAAAAAAAAGUUCUAAAGAGGCCGCCCGGUGCCUUUCCUUUGUGCUUUCCGGCCUGUGUGUGUGUGUGGAGGUGAUUUUCUGUAUUUUUUCUUUCUUGUUUUCACUAUUCACAACGAAGACCGGCAAGUGCUUUGAAGGCCGCAAUGCGAACCACACCACAGAAAUGAUUAGUUCCGCUCGUGCCAGCAACAUCUGAAACAGUGUGUGUCUUGACAGUGUGAAAUAAUUUGCGUCCGCUGAACGUCUGUGUGUCUGCCGUCUUCGCGGAAAGUGUGUUCUUAGUGCUCCCUUUUGCGUUUUUUCUUGCCUAACGUUUGAGUGAGUUUGUGUGAGUGUUCUUUGUGGGGCAAAGGGAAAAAACAGUGAGGAAGCACACAAGAGCAUCUAGCAAGUGAAAGAAAAAGGAAGAAAGCUGAAGGAAAGUCACACGCGCGAGUGCUGUAACAAUGUCUGGACCGCCGAAUAUUAACAACAAUCAACUUCCAUCCUCCAGCGGUGGUGGUGGUGGUCCGGGUAGUGGUAGAGGGUGGUUACGCACACCUCCACCAACGUACUUCCGGUCGCCCUCGCCAUGGGUACCGCCCGGUUCGGCCGCUCCACGGCAAAACUCGCCCGUAACGGCAGGUUCGUCGGCUGGCGGACCGGCCCGCGGACCGAGCGAGUUUGUCUACCAGCAUCCAAGCUCCGGGGGAUUGCCGCCGUACGGUGGACCGGGAGGUGCUGCUGCCAGUAGCACUACCACCCACCAGCAGCAGUACACCACGCAAACGACAACGUACCGCGCAACGACAGCAACGCCGGCCGCUGCCACUGCUCCCGCCCAGGAGUAUCAGUUCCAGCGUCCGAUCCCGUCGGCCAUGACACCGACUCACUUUGUGGCUUCGGCCACCCACUAUCGGCCCGUUUCGCCGGCUGCGGUCGCACCCCAGCCCUACCCGCAGUACAGUGCGCCGACCAUGUCGCCCGUGUCGUCCCUGCAUCGUUCGAUGACGCCGCACAGCGUCGCGAGCGGUGGUUACGGACCUCCGGUUGAUUUCCACCAUUCGGUUAUGGGGCCACAGCAGCAGGUGCGACCGGGCUCGACCCAGAGCUCGGUGUACGGGGGCAUGACGUACCAUUACGGGCCAGCGGCUGGACCGUCCAGUCAUCAUCCGGCGCAGUCGCAGUACGUGAUCUACGAUUACGGCGGCGAGAUGGGACCGUCGACGGCGGAAAUCAUUGCGGCCCAGUCGCAGGACUACGUGGACGAGAAGCUGGCCGAAUAUCAGGCCACUAUUAUGCUGCUGCAAGAUGAACAAGAACGUGUACAGAAGAAAACUUUCGUGAACUGGAUUAACUCAUUUUUAAGCAAGCGCAUACCACCAUUGAAGGUCGAAGACUUGAUCCAUGACCUUAAGGAUGGCACCAAGCUGUUGGCCCUGCUGGAGGUGCUGUCCGGCGAGAAGCUACCGAUGGAAAAGGGAAAAGUCUUGCGUCGGCCCCACUUUCUGAGCAACGUUAAUACCGCUCUACAGUUCCUUACCAGCAAACGUAUCAAGCUAGUCAACAUCAACCCGUCCGAUAUUGUCGACGGACGUCCGGCUGUGGUUUUGGGCCUGAUCUGGACCAUCAUUCUGUACUUCCAAAUCGAGGAGAACAGUCGUAUUCUGCAUUAUCUGAACGAAAAUUUGAGCGGCUCGUUGAGUUCGUUGGGUAGUAGCAGUUCCGCGUCGAACAUACCGAGCUUGAGCGCGAACAAGCAGGUAACGUACAGUGGUACGGCUACGGUCGCCACGAGCAGCAAGGAGAUGAUGAAACAGGGCCCCAAGAAGACACUCCUUACGUGGGUGAACAGUGCCUUGCCAAAGACAACGGGCUUGGAGGUCCGUGACUUUGGACCGAGCUGGCGCGAUGGCAUUGCGUUCCUGACGCUGAUCGAUGCGAUCAAAACGAACGUCAUUAACAUCGCCGAGAUGAAGAAGUAUAACAACCGGUACCGUCUUGAUACGGCGUUCAAUGUCGCGGAGUCGGAGCUGGGCAUUGCGCGUCUUCUGGACGCCGAAGAUGUCGAUGUCAACAGCCCGGAUGAGAAGAGUAUCAUGACAUACGUCGCACAAUUUCUACACAAAUACCCGGACGUGAAGAAUAUCAAUUCAAAGAGUGACAGCGAACGCGAACUGCUGGAACUCCUUGAUUGGCUUCGCCGAACGGUACGAUACUACGAUGGCAUGCACGGCAAGUACCCCAACAACUACUCCAUGUACGAGAGCGUCAAUGGCGAAAAGCUCGAGAAGCAAAACAUCUACAAGAAGGUGAAGAGCAUCAAUGCCGCCAAGAUGACGCCGGAAGUGCAGGAGCUGAACAGUCUGUGGACCCAGCUGGAGCGUCACAUGCAGCAGUGGCUCUGGUAUCUAGACAGCAGCCUGCCGGAUCAGUUCGGUGCGAUUGGCCGUUGGUUAAGCAAUGGAGAGAAGCUGCUAAACGAUGACGACAUCCCGAACAACAUGAACGAAGAGACGGCUUCACUGAUCAGCAAGAAGCUCGAGGCGCACAAGCAAUUCUUCGCCUCGUACUACGAAGUGCGGGAAACAUUUAACAACGUGAAACUUACUCCACUUGCGAAGAAGGUCCCGCUGGGACAGUUGCAAAACAUGGAAAAGCGACUGCUUGAUAUCGAACCGUGCGCUAGACAGCGUCGCAUUAAGCUGAAGUAUCUGGAGCACAAGUGCUGUCUGAUCGCUUUCCUGAAUCUGCUCGAGAACAAGAUCAACGGUGUGAAGUACAACAACGAGGAGACGGUGAAGCAAUCGCUGGAUCAUCUGAAAAACUUCGUCACACGCAACCAGAUUAUGCAGGAGUUUGAGAAGGCGCUGAUCGACAUGCGGCAGGUGAUCGAGGAGUACAAGAUCGAUGGUAACAUCACGAAGAAGGAGAUGUACAAUAUUGAUGUGUUCCUACACGAGAUCGAAGAUCGCUGGAAGAACGUGUCGUCCCGGUUGAUCUGCACGGAAACGAUGCUCGAGGAUGUGCUGUCGCAUUGGCAGCGCUGGCGCACGCUGGUGCAUGAGAUCGAGACGUGGCUAAGGCAGGCGCACGAUGCACUCCAAGGCACGGAAGACGAGCGGAUCGAGUUCUUCCAGAACAUUAGCGUGUACAAGGAGAAGUUUGAUGCGCUGACGGAUACGUUUAAUAUUCUGAAAUCGACCUGCGACCAGGAGACGGCCAUUGCGCUGGAGCGAAAGUAUGCGCAGCUGGGCGGACAUUGGGAGCAGGUGUUCCAGCACACCAAGCAGUAUCUGCACGUCGGAGACAUUCUGCAGCAUCGUCAAAAGUUCAAGACUGAUGCGGCGCAGCUGAACGAAUGGAUUCAGCGUACUGAGACGGCACUUGGACGGAACAACUUGCGCGAUGCGGCUGAGAUUCGGCGUUGCGAGACGGAAAUCAAGCAAAUUGCUUGCGAAAUUGAAGCGAUGGAGGAACUGUUCAAGUCGAUCAGCCGUAGCUUCCAGGCAUUGAUCAAGGAGUACUCGCGCGAUGAGGUCGACCGUAUGAUGAUGAUGAUGAAGAAGCAAAAGGAAGCGUUGGUUCGGGUGCGUGCACAAAUACCGAUCAAGCUGCACCUGUUCCAUCAGCUACUGACGCAGCAGGAAGCACUCGAAACGGGUCAGCGAGAAAUCGCUCAAUGGUUGGAUGAGGCCGAGAAUCUACUGAUAUCUUACUCCUUCACCAACGAUCCGCAGCAGACGAAGAACAACCUUGCCAAGCAUAAGGCUUUCUUCAACCGCACACUGUACUAUAAAUCGAUGCUGGAGAGUAAGAACAACGUGUUCCAAAAUUUACUCAAGCUUACCGAUACGGACAGCAGCAUCGAUAUGAGUGAUGCCGCCACGAAAAUGAAGCAACUAAACGAUCGCUUCGCCUACGUCAUCAACAACGCAAACGAUUGGGAGUACAAGCUUCAGGAAAAUCUACGCGUCUGGGAAAACUUCACUGAAAGCAAACAGAAGGUGGAGUCAUUCCUCCGACAGGCGGAAGCCUUCCAGAAGUCAGCCAUCCCGGUGGACAAGGAAGCGGACGCAGAGUCCCAGCUGGAGUUCUUCAACUCGGCCGACCAGACGAGCAUCAACACGCUGGAGCGCCACACGGAGGAUCUGCUAAAGUAUCUGCCACCGGCCGAGCAGCAAAUACUGAUCGCCAAGGUGGAAGACAUCCAGCGCCAGUGGAGUGAAGUGAUCCAGCAGAUCCCGCUCCAUCUACUGAAGGUUGAGUUCCGGCUGAACGAGCUAACGUUCAACGGAUGUGCGAACGACAUCGAGAAGGAGCUGAACGCUGAAGAGCAGGCGUUCAACUGCAACGAAAACUUUGAAGCCAUCUUGCAGCGUAAUUUGGACUACUUCAAGAAGAACGAUCUCCAGCGGGUCGAGCAGGUGCUGGGCAAUAUGGAGAAGAUCAACUACAUCUAUCUGGAAAAGUCUGCCAACGAUCAGGCUCUGGCUCCGCUUUAUCAGCGGGCGAAUGAUAGUUGGAUUGCGAUCUGUAAACGAAUUGACAGCGUGCGCAACAUACUGCACAAGAUUCCGGCCCAGUGGGACGCUUACCACGCCAAGUUCGACGAGAUGAACGGAUGGAUGGAUCGAGUGGACGAAUCGCUGCGCCAGAUCAUGGUGGAGAAGCAGACGAUGGAAGAGUUCGAGCAGGAAAAGGCGACCUUCCAGCUAAAAACAAUCAUGAACAUCUGCUUUGAGGCCGAUGCAAAGCGUGAAGACAUGAAAUGGCUGGUGAAAACGUUGGACUUUUUGCUGAGCCACACCAACGAAGAGCAGGCCACGAUCGAGCAGGAAAAGAUCGAGAAGCUGAUUGCUCGCUACAAAACGCUCAUACCGACGAUCGAAACCACCAUGACCAAGACGGAGGUGUUUGCCAAGUGCUACACGUACCGCCGGGAGGCACAGGAGAUAUGCGACUUGCUCGAUCGCAUCAAGUCGCAGGCUCGCAGUGUACCGCCGCCAGAAAGCUACAAGCGCGUGAACGAGAUGAUCGAAGAGCAGCAGUACUCGAUCAAGGAGCUGGACAAUCAGCGAGCGCACAUCAUGAAGAUGCUGCAGCGGGGCAAAGAUCUGAGCAAAAACCCAAGCGCACCGCAGUUCAUCGCGGGUGAGAUUCGUCGCCUGGAGACAGGCUGGAACGAUACGUACAACGAAGCAGCUGAGAAGGUACGCGCGUUAAAGGCGAUCCAGAAAGUUUGGGGCGAUUACAACGAGCAGAAGGGACAGAUCGUUGGCCUGCUGAACACGGCUGAGAUGGAACUGCGCUCGGUCACGCCGUUGCAGACGGACCCGAAAAGCGUCACGCAGGAUCUGGAGAUGAAGCGCCAGCUGGCAUUGAACUUGAAGCAGGCGUCCUCCAAAUCACUGCUGCAGCUGAACGAUUUGUGCCGUGAUUUGGGCAUCUCACUUCCGCCGACGACGCGACAAGUGAUCGAGAAGGAAGUGACCGAUCUGGGCAAGCGGGUUGACAACACGGUCGACUACGUGGAGCAGCGUGUCGUCUACCUUGAAGACUACAGCGACAAGUGGAACGAGUACAAGCAGCGACUGGACAGUCUGAAGAGCUGGGCCAACAACGUGUACCCCAAGAUGGUAGCUGCGAUCAAGCAGCCACAAAUCAGUGCCGAAGAUCGAGUGCUGAAGGCGAAACAGCUCGAAGGUGUCUUGGGCGAGAAGAUUCGUCAGCUGGACGUACUAAACGCAAGCGCUGCCGAUCUCGCAUCGAAGGAAGGCAACCUAAGCGAGAUGAAGCGCCUAAAGGCGGAGGUCGUUCAUCUGCAGGGCACCUUCACCGAGCUGCACCGUAUGGUGGACAGCGAGAAGGCGCUGGUCGGCGAAGACUUUGAGACGUGGAAGAGUUAUACCCGCGACAUGGACAGCCUGAAGGAGUGGGUCGAGCGGGCCAAGCUUGCGCCGGAGCUGGAGCAAAUUCGGCCUUCGACCCUGCCGGAAGCACGCGCCUACCAGGGCCGCUUGGAAACGUUUAACGAGCAGUGCGAGGGCAAGAUGGACGAGCUGCAGAACGUGAUCAAGAGCUCACAGAACAUCCGGUACGGCGUGAAACCGUCGGAGGAAACGGAUCGGUACUACAUGAUCGUUUCGAGCAUCUACGAGAACGUGCAGCAUUUGCUGAACAAAACCGGCAAGCUCGUGACGAACUGGGCCCUGCUGGAUGGAGAUCUGGAGAAGCUGAACCACUUCAUUGAGCGGGCCGAGGUACGGAUGGGUGAAUUAGUCACUGUUCAUGCUCCAGGCCUGCCCAUCGAUGUGCUGGAAACGAAAAUCAAAUCGUUGAAGCUGUUCAGCAACGAAAUCUCCGAGCAGCAGGCGAAGCUGAUCGCGCUCGUCCACAUGUUCGAUCAGAUCAACCACAGCCUGUCGGAGGACGGUGUGAAUGGGGUGCGCGACAAGCUGAAGUCGGCCAAGGAUCGGCUAACCCGGCUGAGUGAUGAUGCGCGGGCUCAGAUUAACUCCAACUACGAGUGCAUUGUGGAGCAGCAGAGCUUUAACACCCAGAUGACGGACUUUAGCAACUGGAUGGAUCAGAUAAGGACAAGCAUUAGCGAGCUGGAGAACACGGCGGUGGAUGAGAUCGAGCUGGCGGCACAAAACGUGCAGUAUCUGGUUCAGCAGCACGCGGACAAGCGCAACACGUUCAACCACAUCUACGCGCAGGUCAAGCAGCGGAGCCUGACGAACAAUCCGAUGGAGAACCAGCUGCUGAACGAAACGUACAGCUCGCUGGCUAGCAACUACCAGAACCUGGAAUCGAGCCUGCUGCAGAUGAGGGACUUUUUGCAGAAGUGGCUUGCGUUUUUGCAGUGGCACAAUACGACGAAGGACCAGCUGGCGUAUCUGCGGGAGAGUAUGAUCAAGUACGAUGUGUCGAGCGAGGAGCAGCUGAACGAUGCGAAUCGGCGCAUCCAGGAAGUGGGUACGGGAUUAGAAAACUGGCGCCGUUUGUCCCUUGCAAUGGAGCAGGAGCCGUGCAUUUCGUUCCACGAUAAAGCCCACAAGCCGGUCAGUGCGAUUACGAUGAUUGCGGAUCUGGAUCAUAAGCUUUCGAGCAUUCGGUCGCAGGUGGAUGGUAAGCUAAAGGAGGUCGAAAAUACGAAAGAUCGCGUCACUAAAUUCCACCAGUCGCAGAAGGAUCUGACGGAUUCGCUCCGUGGAAUUGAGGAGAUGCUGAAGGGUAUCGUACAAGCCGCUCGGUUGUCUACGCUCGACGAUGGUAUGGAGGAUUUGUCCACUCUGAACGAGAAGAUCAGUGAACUGUGCAGUGCCAAGGCACAGGUGCAGUACGAAGGCAACUUGUUGCUGAAGCAGGACGUCGUUGAUACUGGAAUUGCAGUACAGGAAGAGCUGAGCAAGCUCGACAAGAAGGUCACCGAUUUGCAACAAGAGUCCGACGAAACACUUCGCGCCUUCUCUACCACAAGCGAUUUGUAUGCCGACUUCAACAAGUACAACAUGAGCUUUGCCAACGAGCUGAAGCAGAUUGAGGCGCUCAACAACGCUACGGUGCUGAACUUUGACAGCAAGCCCGCCCUUCAGCAGGCUCUGGAUCAGCUGAAGAAAGCGUCCGAGACGAUGACGAAAAAGGUGAAGCGAAGCCUCGAUGUGGUAGCGGGCAAGGGAAAUGAGUUGGCAAAAACCUUCCGUGCCUACAAUCCGACCGAUUGCGACAACAUCCUGGACAUCAUUCGUCACAACAAUGAGCAGUUCAAGGCGAAUCUGGAACGCUUGAUCGACAACUCGAGCGUGCUCGACCAGAAGGUGGCCCUGUACAAGCAGGCGGAAGAGCUGUACCAAGAUCUGGACGAGUGGCUGCAGUCCAAGCGCGAUCAGCUGUCACGCGUGCUCGAAAAUCCCGGUGAGAUCGAGAGCAAAAUUGUGACCUACCGUUCUGAGCUCCCUGCCCAGCAAGCGUUCAAAGAAACGCUGGAAGGAUUGUUACAGGAGUUUAAGAAAAUGAAUGGUGGCAGCCAGCCGAAAGAUCUGCACAGCAUGUCGAUGCAACUGGACGAUGGGUUUGCCGCGAUCGAAGAAACAGUGGGUCGUUUGAACAACCGAAUGUCCGAGUAUACUGCUGACGAGCGUCGAUUGAAACUUUCGAUCAAGGGCAUCAUAGAGCGCAUCUACAGCAUACGGGAGGAGAUCGUGGGCUGUGAUGAUAUGACGCUGGACAGUGGCAAGCAGCUGGUACAUCUCGCUGGAUGUCGUGAGUUACGCCGCAAGUUGAACCGAGUCGGAGAGGAAAUCACCGAUCUGAAGAAUGAGUUCGCCGCGAUGGAAGCAAAGUACGAUCAGGGCAUCAAGGAGGCGUCUACCGUAGGAAAGGAGAUCCAGAAUCUCGACCAGCGUUUCGGGCUGGUGAUGAACAGCUUGAACGAGGUGGAGACGAAGCUUACCAAGGGUGUGGAGAAGUCGUUCAAGGACAAGCUCGGUGCACUGACGCGAAUGAUUGGGGCGCAGAGUGAAAAGCUGAACUGGUGCGCACCGGAGCCGACGAGCGACAAGUACCAGCUGGAGGUGAAGCGUACCACGCUGAACGAUGUACGCACCAGUACCGAGGACUGCGAACGUAUUCUGGGUGAGGUCGAACGAUCACUUACCGGUGCUGUAGUGGAGCUGUUCACACCGGCGAAGGUUAGCAACAUGUCGGACGAAACGCAGGAAGUUAGCAAGCAGCUCGAAUCGUUGAAGCGUGCCUUCCAGGAGACGGAGAAACAACUGACGGACAACAUUGCCCUGUGGCUAAGCUACGAAGGUAUCUCGGAAGAGGUCAUCCACUUCCUGAAGGAUCUGGAAACGCGCAAUCGCAUGGAAACGGUGCUGUUGAUCGAUUUGGCUAGUUUAGGCGAGAAAUCAAAGGAAGUUGGCGAGGCACGUGCAACUCUAGAGGAGUUCAAAGUGAAGAUGGAUCAGCUGCAGUCGGUUGGCAAUCAGCUGAAUGAGGUCAAUCCAGAAUCACGAGCACUGGUGUUGGUGCAUCAUCUCCAGAACAAGUACCACACGUUCAGUAAGUACUUCGCUCAGCUGCUCGACCGACUGGAGGACGUACGGUUGAAAGAUGUCCAGUUCCGGGAAGCGGUUGAUAAGAUUCGUCACUGGCUGCGCGAGAUGCAGAACAAAAAGCAUGCACAAAACCUGGGAGCGGAGGCACAAGUACAGGCCCUGUCUGAUCGUGAGUACGAAGCUGCCAAGGCGCUGCGAGCUGAAAUUCUGUCCAAGGAUAGUGCGCUGAACGAAACAUGCUCGUUGGGCGAAAAUCUUUACGCCGAGGUUAGCGUUGAGUGUCGCGAGAGCAUUCGUGAUGAGAUGAAGCGCCUGCGUGGUGACUACAACGCCCUACUUGAGGAGGUUAGUGGUGGCAUUAAGCGCAUCGAAGCCGAUCUGAUAAAGAAAAAGUCGAUCGACGAAAGUCACAACCAGCUCAACAAUUGGCUGGCGGAGCUGCGGGGCAAGAUCACGUCUGGUUUGAGUGACCGAUAUGCCACGUUGCCAGAGAAGAAGAGCGCCCUGUAUAGUGGCAAGAACAUGCAGAAAGACAUCACGGUGCACGAGACGAAUCUGGACCAGAUUCAGAAGAAGGUGAUGGCCCUACCGGAUCGAAGCUCGCUCGGACAGAUUGAAGAAACGCGCCAGAACUAUGGUGCGCUGCGGGAGGAGCUCGAUCGUAAGGUGGCACUGCUUGAGCAAGCGAUCAAGUCGCACGAGCAGUACAACGCUAUGCUGGAGAAGUCGCGCGAUUGGCUGCUGAAGCUACAGUCCCAGACGGAGGAGAUGUUCAGUGACGGUGAUCUUACCAAGGCCAAGUUGGAGGAAUACCUCAUUCUCGUUGACACGGUGCUGACGGAGGAGGAGCCGGCGCUGGAUGAUGUGAACGAGUGUUACAAGCAGUUUGCUGUUGUGAUGGCACAGACGCACGAGAACGGUCAUUCGGAGUUGCUGCGUGCGUUCGAAGAUGGUAAACGCCAGUGGACGACGUUCUUCGACAAGUGCCGUGCGUUCAAGGCUCGUUCGGCUGAGUCACUGAAACAGCUGGACGCUUUCAACGCUCGACUGGAGGGAGCGCUGGUUUGGUUGGCGAGCAAGAAGGCCGAAAUCAGAGAUGCCACCGCACAGGGACCACUCGACGCGAAACAACAGUGCUUGGAGUCGUUGAAGAAACUGCGUGACGCCAUCCAGAGCUACGGUGUGACGGUGAGCGGCAUCCUGGAAGAAAGCCACCAGGUCAAAUCAAAGUUUGAUGUGAGCGGUAAGGUGGGCCAGCUGCAGAACGAGUAUCGCAUUGUCGCAGGACUGUGUGCGGAAGCGAUUUCGAAAGCCGAGUCUACCCUGAACGAUCAGAGCGAUUUCAACCAGGCGUACGACGAGUUUGAGGCCCUGUUGCGUAAGAAUCUCGAGGGACUGGAAGAGUUCCGGGUGCUGGUGGGUGAUCUGAGCGUGCUGCAGGAGCGUCAGCUCCGGCUGAAGGAGAUCGCCUACAAACGGCUCGAUGAUAGUAGCCCGUACGAAGAUCUGAUCAAUCGGGGUGAGAAGCUGUACUCGUACACCAGUCCCGAGGGUCGUGAGCUGAUUCGCCAGAAGCUGGGUGCUAUCCGGGAUCUUUGGGAUCGAUUCUCGGACGAGCUGAACACGGUAACUCAGCGGUUGGAUCAAUGUAUUCUUCAGUUUGGAGAGUUUUCACUGCAGCAGGAGCAGCUAUCCAAGUGGUUGAAGGACAUUGAAAAGUCGAUGGAAGUGAAUGCCGAGCUGAAGGCUAACAUCCAGGACAAGCGUACCCAGUACCAGAACCACAAGCUAAUGCACCAGGAGAUUUUAUCCCAGGUCGGACUGGUCGAGUCAGUUUGUGCCAAGGCACAGCAGCUGCUUACUCUGACGAAGGAUCAGCAUCUGCAGAGCUGUGUCGUAUCGAUCAAGGACACGUAUCAGGGCAUCGUGCGCAAGUCGGGCGAACUGUUGGACAACCUGAACGCUUGCGUACAAGCACACCAGAGCUACGUGACUGCCGCCAGCAAGCUGCGCAGCUGGAUCAACGAGGAGAAGGAUAAGGUGUUUUGCUGCGAGGAAACGGGCGGCGAGAAGGGUGAGAUCAACAAACGCAUCGAAGCGCUCAGCAAUCUGAAGCUUGGCAAGGCGAAGGGCGAUGAACUGCUCAACGCCCUGGUACAGUGCUUUGAGGCGAUGAAGGAAAGCACAUCGGCGGCGGGUAUUGGUACGGUCGAAAAGGAGAUCGGCGAGUUGCGUAACGAGCUGGCUAGUUUGUAUGGACAGAUUGAGGAGUUGAUCGGUAGCCAGCGCAAAUCGCUGACCGGAUGGAGUCAGUUCGAUCAGGAUCUGGACGCGCUUACGAAGUGGUGCCGCUCGAUGGAAGGCAUUUUCCGCGAGCAGCAGCUAUACGAUUCGCUCGAGCGCAAACAGCAGCAGCUGGAGGUGUUCCGCAAGAACCAGGAAGCUAUCGGGGACAAGCAGAAGCAGAUCGACGACUUCGUGACGAUGGCACAGGCGCUCUUUACGAAGACGGGUGUGGAGAAGAUUAAGUUCUACAUCAACCAGCUGAUCAAUCGCUACCAGCUGCUGCAAGUUCUAAGCAAGGAGGUCGCGAACCGGGCUCAGAACAUCGUCAACGAUCAUAAGAACUAUCAAGAGCGGUACAACGAGAGCGUCGCUCGAUUGGCCGAGGUUGAGAAGGAUCUGGAAACGCUAGGACAGGAGAAGCUCGGCGCAGCCAACCAGUCGAAGCUGCAGCAGUUGGAGAUUGAGAAGGAACGAUUUGAGAACAAUCUGACCAGCCUAGUGACGGCCAGCGAAAAGGUCUUGCCUGAAACGAAUACCCAAGGUCGGGAGAAGAUUCGCGAGGAGGUGCGUGAGCUGAAGGAUCGCUGGGAUCAGAUCAUUGCCGGGUUGAACAACCUGAAGAAGCAGCUGGACGUACGCUCGAUCCAGUGGUCCUCAUACCAGGACAUACUACAGCAAGUGCUGAGCUGGUUGGACGCUACGGAACGCAAAAUCGAGCCAAACGAAUCCCAAAGCUGGAACUCCACGCAAGAGAUCCGCUCGAAGCUGUUCAAGUACAAGGCGAUACUGCAAGAGAUCAGUGGCCAUCGCCGCGUGAUCGAUUCGCUGAAGGAAAAGGCCGACUCGCUCGGUGCAGACGCCCAGAACGAAGACAUCGCGGCAAAGGUGCAGUCGAUUACAGAGCGGUAUGAGCUGCUGAAGAAGUCGUGCAGUGAUUUGAUUCGUCGGUUGGAGCAAUCGCUUGAGCUGUGCAAUAAGUUCAACGAGCUGCAAAAAUCGUUGCUAGACGAGCAGGACUAUCUGUUCGGGGAGUUGAAGCAGCUGUCCGAUGUGUCCGGUAACAAGCGAGCGGUGCAGGACAAGGUCCAGAAGAUCGACGAUCUGCAGCAGGCGAACGGCAAGAUGGAAGAAAAGUUCAAGAACCUCGCUAAGCUGAUUACGGACAAUAAUGAUCUGAUUUCGUACGGUGCCAAAACGGUCAUGGAGCAGGAUCUGCAAAAGAUGAAGGCUGACUUUGAGAAGUUUAUUGGUUCAAUUGGGGACGCCCGAGUCGAGCUGCAGAAGCGUAUGCAGCUGUGGGACGAUUAUCAGCGUGAUCUGGAUCAGAUCGGUGCGUUCCUGGCCGAGGUGGAGGAUACCAUGCGCGGCUAUACGCUGAAGAGCAGCUUGAACGAGAAGCAGGAGCAGCACGAGUACUAUCAGACACUGCUAGGUCGAUUGAAGCAGAAUGCGCUCGAGUUUGAUAAGCUGCUGGACAAGUCGUCAGAGUUGCUGCAGAGUAGUGGUGAUACGAAGAUAUCGUUUAACAUGCAGCAGCUGAAGGCACGCGCCCAGUCGGUGGAGGGUACGGUGAAGGAGCUGGCGAAGAAAUGCGAGGCUGCUUACGGUGAUCACAAGCAGUACCGGCAGCGGUACGACGAGUGUGACAAAGAGUUGGACGAAAUUCGAGACGUGUUUGACGGGUGUCGUAUGCAGCAUGCGCAAAGCAUUCAAAGCAGCAAUCAACAGGCGGAUCCACAGGCAGUUCUCGGCACGAUACAGACGCUGCUAGCGAAGCAUAAUGUGGUGACGGUGCAGUGCAAUGCAGUGUCGGAUAGUGGUGAGCAACUGUACGCUACUACUGCGUCCAAGGGCCAGCAGAUGAUACGUAGCGAAAUCCAGGAGUUGACGGCCAAGUGUGAACGGUUGUUUGAUGAGGUUAAUGAUUAUGCCCGUUCGUACGAGGGUCGGCUGGCGAAGCUGUCUGGCUUUAUGGAGAAAGCUGAUCAGCUGCAGGAGUGGCUGAACAGUGUUGAGGGACAGCUGGGUCGUGGUAGUCUCAUACUGAAGCCAACGCUCGAUGAGAAGUGUGCUCAGCAGCAGGCUUACGCGGAACUUCUGAACGAUAUCAAGAACCAUCGACCAGAGUUGAACAAUGUGCGCGAUCUGGUGGACAAUAUGCAGGAACAGCACCCAACGAUCGAACGUCGUAUGGCGGAGCUGACCAGUAAGUACGAGGAAUGUCUGGAGAAAGCUCAAACGUACGGUGAUCAGUACGAUCGCAUCGUGCACAACCAUCGCCAGUACUGCAAGGCCGUAAUGGAAACGCAGGACUUUAUCGACGCCAACCAUAACACGGUAGAGCUGUGGGGUGAAACCGAUCUCGACCAGGUAUCCUUGAUGACGAAUUUGGAUCGACUGACGGAGCUGAAGAAAUCUAUUACGGCAGAACAGAACCGGGUGGACCAGAUACGCACACUGGGCGAGGCAACGAUCCCAGACACGAGCGACGAGGGACAGGCUAACAUCCGCUCACAGAUUGACAUUUCGCAGCAGGAAUGGGAAGGUCUGCUUGCUGCCAUUGACAGCACAAUGGACGGAAUUCGCGGCAAAAUGGGCGAAUGGAGCGAUUACGAGAAGAUCCGCACGGAUUGUAUGAACUGGAUGCGCGACAUCGAUGCGAAGAUUCAUUCGGUUGAUCUGAAGGCGACGCUGAUCGACAAGAAGGCCACGCUGGACUAUCUGAAGAGCUUGCAGGGUGAGGUAAAGGCGAAGGAGCUCGAGAUUGACAACUUCACGGAGAAAGCCCAGCAGCUCUAUCGGGGCUAUCUGAGCAGCCGCAACUCACAGAUAUCUGAGCUGGCGGUCAAGUAUCAGCAGACGGCAAGCCGCAUCAAGGAGCUGGUCGGUCGCUGGCAGCAGUACGUUAUCCAGCAUCAAGAGCUGGAGACGCGCAUCGGCGAGCAUCGCGACUGGCUAAACGGUGUGCGGGAAAAGCUGAACUACUGUGCGGAUCUGUCCAGCACGUCGGAGAAGGAGCUGCAAAGCAAACUGAAGCUGGUGCAGGAUAUGAUCGUGAACAAGGAGGAUGGAUCUGGCCGACUGCAGACGAUCGUGGAUCUUGCCCAGCAGGUACUGGCCUGUACAACACCAUCCGGACAUGAGGCGGUUAACAAGGCGGUAGCUGCACUGCAAGAGGAGUGGUCUUCGCUUGCGUUGCGUAUGAUCGAUAUUCGAGCGAACCUUGACGAAGCCAUCAACCAGUGGUCCGGCUUUUUGGAUCAAGUUAACGAUCUGAAGCGCAACAUCGACUGGAUGGAGAACGAGCUGAGCGGAUUUGUUGAGUUCCAGGCCAGCAUGGCCGAUAAGCGGGCACAGCUGGAGCGCAUUAAGAAUACGGAGGAGAAGAUCCGACUGGAAAAGAUCGAAAUCGAACCGUUGAAGCAGAAGACGUCCGAGAUGGCCGCGUCUGGACAGCAAUCACAAGCGGCAGCGACAGCGCAACAAAUUCUCAGCAAGUUUGACUAUCUGGCGGAGAAGAUUAGCAAGAUACUGACUGAUCGGGAGGACCAGUACCGUGACCAUCGGCUGUACAAGGAAGCGUACGACGAUCUGUUCAAUUGGAUCAGCCGAGCCCGGGAGAAGCUGCCGUGCGUGAAGCAACAGUCUCUGAGCGAUAAGCUGACGAUGGACAGUGCGAUCGCACCGCUCGAUGCGCUGAUGAACAAGAAGGCGCAGGGUGAGCUGCUGGUCGAGCAUCUCGUACACACGGGCGAGGUCGUGAUGGCUUCGACGUCCGAAAAGGGCAAGGAAGCGAUCCGCAGCGACAUCAACGGCUUGAAGGCAAACUUUGAGUCACUGUUCGGGGAUAUCGACAAGCAGAAGCGGGAUCUCGAGAAGACGCUCAACUUGCUGCGCGAGUACAAGGAAGAGUACGAGCGACUUUCCGAGUGGCUGCAGCAGGUCGACAUUUUGGUGAAGAACCACAAGCUUGCGAUGUGUUCGAAUUUGGCCGAAAAGGAAAAGCAAGUGCGCGAGAUGCGUGAGCUGAUCGGUAAGCUCGAGAAGGGCCAAGGAGAAAUGGAUAAGUUCAACGCAUUUGCGGCACCGCUGCUGCAGUCCCAUCUCGAUACGUACAUCGGCAAUCAACUGCGCCAUCUGAACUCUCGCUACCAGGUACAGGUAAAUCUGGCCAAGGAUGUGUUGAAGAAGGUUGAAACCAAUCACGAUCUGCACCGCGAGUACAAGGACAACCUGACGAAGGCGAACGGGUGGAUCGAGAAUGCGAAGGAAAUCGUUCGCUACUCGACCGAGAAUGUGGACAGCGUGAGCAAGGACAACUUGGAGAAACGAUUGGCGAAGAUUGUGGAGCUGAUACAGCAGCGUGAGCAGGGCCAGAACUUAGUCAAUGCCACCGUCAACACGGGCGAAAAGGUUGUAAAGAGCACGAAAUCCGACGGUAAGGAGGUGAUCAAUGGUGAGAUCAAGGACAUUCAAACGAACUGGGACCGGCUGGUAAAGCGCAUGUCCACGGCGAAGGUGCAGCUUGAGACGAACCUCCUCCAGUGGGCCGACUACAGCUCGAGCUACAACCAUCUGCAGCAAUGGAUUCAGGAUCGCGAAAGCAAACUGCAGCAGGUGUGCGAGCAGAAGGUCGUUCGCUUCCGACUGGGUGGAACUUCGAGCAGUCUGAGCAGUGGUUUGAACGAACGAAGGGCGAAUCUGCGCCAGGCGAACGAUAUCGUGCAGGACAUCGUAAGCUUUGAGCCGAUGAUACAGUCCGUCGCUAGCAAAGCUUCGGAUCUGCGUCAAACGUCACCGGCUUCGGAGAUUUCCAACAAGUACGAAACUCUGAGCAAGCAAGCGAAGGAGAUGUUCGAGAAGCAGAAGGAAACGGUGGAACUGCAUCAGGCGUUCAUCGACGCUAGCAAUGAAUUUGCGGCCUGGAUCCGCAACGCCAAGGAGUGUCUGAACAAGUGUUCGGAUUCACGCGGCGACAAGGAGACGCUCGUUUCGAAGAUGACCCAACUGAAGAUACUGGACAACGAUGUGCCGGUCGGGCAGAAGAAGCUCGAAAAAGCGCUCGAACAGGCAGAAGUUGCCUGCCGCAACGUGGAAGGCGAAGAGGUGGAAGCGAUCGAGAAGGAGGUAGCGAUUUUGCAGGAGGAGUUCGACAACUACUGCAUAGCGCUGAAGAAGAUAAGCGGUGCGCUGGAGAACGGUAUCGUGCGCUGGACGGAGUAUGACGAUCAGUAUGGUGUUGCGCUGAAGUGGUUAGACAGCAUCGAGCAAGAGGUGCAGACGUACAACAAGAUGCAGGCCAAUCUGCAGGAGAAGAAGCGCGUGCUGGAGGAGUUCCAGGACAAGCUACAGACGCUAUUCGACUGGCAGCGCGAGCUGGAUAGUUUGAAUAUGCGUGCUCAGGUGUUGUUGGAGAUCUGUGCCGAUACGCGUAUCAGUAACGGUGUUACGCAGCUCACGACCAAGUACAAUGUGUUGUUGUCGAUUGCGAAGGAGAUUAUGCGUCGGCUCGAACUGCACUACCAGGAGCAUCAGCAGCACAACACGCUGUACGGUGAGUGUCAGGAUUGGUUGGAUAGGAUGCGCGAGAAGCUGAACGAAUGCGAAUCCGUACCGCACACGGUUGCGGAAACGCAAUCCAAGCUUAACAUUGUUAAGGGCAUUAGGCAGUCGUUGGAGCAGGGCCAGAAUAAGCUGCGCUAUCUGAUUGAGCUGAAGGAGAAGAUUGUUCUCAGCACGGAAACGAGCGGAGCAUCGAAGAUCGAAGAAGACACAGAAAACCUCAAGACGGAGUACGAAUCGCUGAUGGUGGACAUUACCGAGACGCGCCAACGACUCACUAAUCAUCUGGCACAACUCGAGGACAUCGGCAAGCUGUCCCGGAUGGUUGCCGAAUGGGUUGAGGAGGUGCAGGGCAAGCUGGACGCUGGCGAGACGAUGCAGAACGAACUUGCCGAUAAGCGUGUGCUGCUGGAGAAGUACCGUGCCAUUCAGCGAGAAACGGGCAACUACAAUGAGCUGGUCGAGAAGAUCAAGUCCAAAAUGACCGACAACGCCAACAUUGACGUGGAAGAGUUCAACAAGAUCCUUACCGACUACGAAGCGAUCGUGGCAAAGGUGGUAGCUGAAAUCGAGCGACUCGAGAACCAGGUCAACAAUCACGAGCGCUUCAAGCAGGCGCUGGGAGAGCUGUACGAAUGGAUGAAGACCACGCGUCAGACGAUUCAACAGUCGUCCGACUUCCACGGUGACAAGGAGCACAUUGUUGGAAGGAUCGAGAAGCUGAAGGGCAUCGAGCUUUCGUUUGCUGAUGGAAAAGUACUGCUGGAUAAUACGGCCGACAUGGGCAACUCGCUGGCCGCGAUCAGUGGCCAGGAGGGGCAAGCUACGAUCAAGCAGGAACUGCUGCAAGCUCGGGCCGAUUGGGAAGAGCUUGAGGAGCUGGCACGAAGCUCCCGCCAAACGCUGGAAGAUUGUCUAGCGUCGUGGGACAGCUUCUUGGACAAGUCGGAAACGUUGGGCGCAUUCCUGGAGGAGUACAACGUGAAGGUGAACGGAUACGGUGCGAGCGAAGGAACGGCCGAUCAGGCCGCAGUACUGAGCGAGCUCAAGCGCAUUCAGGAUUUGAUUCUGACGAAAAAGAGUACCGUCGAAGAGUUGAACGACGUGUGCGAGGCACUGAUGGAGAAGAGUGCCUGCUCGACCGUUCGCGAUCGUACCGUCGAUCUGCAGAAGAGCUACUCGACAUUGCUUGGAAAAGUGCAAGGAUUCAUCACCAAACUAGAGAAAAACCUCGUCAGCCAUACCGAGUUCCUGUACUACAAGGAAGAGAUCAACAAGUGGCUAAACGAUGCCAACGCUACGAUCAAGAACUGUAGCGAUGUGGCAGCGGAUGAUGUGCUUGUGAUCAGACAGAAGGUGGUACAGUUACAGUCACUAUCCAACUCGAUCCCGCAAGGGCAGAAACUAUUUGAGAUGUUGCAAGAUUCCUUCACCAAAUCUUCCUACCUCUAUCCGGAAGACAAACAGACAACCAUGUUCCAGGACAUUUCGGACAUUCGCGAUUCGCUCGAUACGGUCAUCAUCGGUAUCAGCUCGUCGCUGAACAACUUGAACGCGCAGGCAAGCCGUUUGGAGUCGUACGAAGAGCUAAAGCGACGCAUUAACGAAUGGCUCGCCACGACCGAGGGUGUGUUCGAGGCACUGCCUGAAACGCACGGCGAGAUGACGGAGGUGAAGACACUGCUCGAGCGCCUGAAGCACAUCCAGACGGAGAUCUCGUUUAAACAGUCGGAUCUGGAAAAUCUUCAACAGGAAGCGGCGAACCUCUUUGACGUUAACAAAUGCUCGGCCGAGAUGGAACGUGUCGCAAGUCUGCAGGCUCGUUGCUCCAAGCUUAGUGAAAAGUGUUCCUAUCAAAUUCGUAACCUAGAGACGGAGCUGGACGAUCAGAUGGCGUACUAUCAGAAUCUGCAGGAGAUAGAGAAGUGGCUGCUGCAGAUAUCCUUCCAGCUGAUGGCCCACAACUCGCUGUAUAUUUACAAUCGCGAGCAAACGCUGGAGCAGAUUGCGCAGCACGAGAAGCUGCUGGACGAGAUUCAGCGUUAUCAGGUCAAUAUCGAUGAUUUCAAUGCGAAGGGUCAGUCUCAGAUCGAGCGGUACAUUCUGAAGGCGCCAGCCAUCAAGAGUCGCAUCGAAACGCAAAUGAAGAACAUUCGCGACAGCUACAACUCGCUGCUGAACACGUCGGUGCAGAUUAAGAACCGACUGCACGACUCGCUCAACAAGUUCCAGGAGUACGAGGAUACGCUGGACGACAUCAAUCGACAGCUGGACGAAACGGAACCGCUGGUGGCGGAGGAACGUUUGCUGGAGGUUGUGGACUAUGCCGUUGGACAGUCACAGCUCGAGAAGGCGCAAGGCAUACACAAUAAGCUGCAGGUGGAGAAGAGCCGUCUGAUGUUUGCUGUGCAGGCGUGCGAAGCCGCUACCGCUAGCAUUAGCCGUCCGAGCUCACCGAUGGACAACGUUUCGCAGAUGAUCCCCGAGAAAGAAUUGAUGGUGCGGGCACGUCUGGAAGAUCUAAUUGAUGAUGUGCAGCAGUGGAUUGCCGAAUUGAUUACCUCGAUCAAUGAUUGCGAACGGCAGCACAAGCAGAAGGUUGAGCUGGAGAACUGGAUCCAGAAGCAGAAGGCGAUUGUCGCCGACUGGGGUUCGAAACCGUGCAAGUUUAGACCGGAAGCGGCCGAGCAGGAGCUGCGUGCGAUGAGCGAACUGUCACGCACGAUCACGGUCAAGCGUGAUGAUCUCCAGGGUGAAACCGAGCAGGACUAUCGGUUGCGCGAGGAGCUCGAGAAGUUGCAGGGCAGUCUGAAGAAGGUGAUCGAUCGCAAGAAGGACGAUCAGCUGGCGAUAGAGAAAUAUCGUAAGAACUACGAGGACGUGCAGGGCUGGUUGGAUGCGAUCACGAACCAGAUUGAUAAUGUAGAAAAGGGUGGUGGUCUUAGCUGCAAGCAGAAGCUCGAAAAGAUCUCCAACAUUAAACGCAUUCUGGAGAACGACUGUGAGAUGAUAGCGAACUUCAAGCGCAAUGGUGAUCACAUCGUGGAGCUGGUGAGCAAUCUCGAUGCACAGCAGGUAACUGAGCAGUUGAAAUCGAUCGAUCGGCGCUAUAACGACAUCACAAAGCGUUUGAACCGUCGGUUGGAUGUGAUUGAUUCGACGAGCAAAAUGUUUGGCAAGCUGCGGAGUGACAUUGGUGAACUAUCGCAGUGGGUAGUGGACAAGAAUGGGUCGCUGGAUGUGCCAUAUCAACUUGGAUCGGAUACGAAGUCGGCGGAGAAUCAGCAGCAAGCGUUCAGAUCACUGUUGAAGGAAAUUGAAGGCAAGCAGUCGUACGUUGAUACACUUGGCAAGCGUUUCUCGAGCAUUCAGUCCGAUCUGGAGCCGAAUGAAAAGCAACAGCUGGAGACGGAACUGCAGACGCUGACCAAAAACGUUGGAUUGCUCAGUGAGCGAGUGCGUGCCGAGCUAGACAAGAUCGUCGAGGACAUCCUGUGCCGUAAGAACAUGCACAACAACCUGGAUGUUACGCGGGCCUGGAUCAAAACGAAGCAGAACGAUGUAAACAAGAUAUCCGACCAAAUACCGCUGCUGUCGAGCAACGUGAACUCGGAGAUCAAGCUGUGCCAGCGCCACGCGCAGACGAUACGGGAGUUUGAAGAGAACGCCUUCAAAGACGUAUCGAAACAGGUACGCGAAAUUAUGAAGGAUUGCAGCGAGGAAGGCAAGGCAAAGCUGGCCCAGGAGUUCGGCGACAUCGAGUCCAAACUGAAAGAGCUGGUGGAGAGCUGCGCUCGGAAGAUCGAGUUCAUGGAGCGCGAGCACGGCAAGCGGCGUGAGUUCGAGGGCCGUAAGGAUCGUGUCUGGAACUGGCUGAACGAGGCGGAAUCGAUCGUGUCGGCGGACAUUCGCACCACGAGCUACGAGAUACUGAAGGAUCAGAAGCAAAAGUUCGACAAACUGUGCGGUGAGUGUGAAGUGAUGAAGGGUGUCGUGAAGGAGGCGGAAGAGUACAAGAGCGCCAUCUUGCCGACGCUGAACGAGCUGGACAAGACGAACAUCAACAACCAGGUGAAAGUGAUGCGCGAAAAGUGGAACGCAAUCAGCAACGUGCUGAAGGUGAAGUGUAAGAAGCUGGAAGAUCAUCUGGUAGAGUACGAGGACGCGCUGGCGAAGAUACAAAGCUGUGCCGCGUUCCUGGUGCAGGUGCAGGGUCGACUGAAGGAAAUGAACCGACCGGUGACGAGCAGGAUUGAAAACAUUCAAGACUUCCUGCUGGCGUACGAGCAGAUACUGGGAAGUUUGAAGGACAAGCGGCUAGAGAUGAGCACGAUCUUGUUGACCAAUCUGCCCCAGCUGCGGGAAAAUUCUGCCAAGCUGGAGGAGAUGAUCAUGGGCAUUGAGGAGCAGCUGCGACGGCUGAAGGCGAUGCUGCUGCUGAAGGAACAGUUUAUCGGAGCGAUCAACGACAUUGUGAAGUUGAUUGCGAAGAUCAACACGGACUUUAACACGGUGGACAACUUUAGCCCGACGGUGGACGAGCGGCUGAUGCGGUACAGUGAAAUUCUGCAGAGUAUUGAGGAGUGCGAGGGUCUACUGGUGGCCGCGACGGAUAAGGGUCACCAGAUCGCUAGCGACGGUACCGAUCUGGACAGGCACAACAUCAUGGAUCAGAUUCAUUCGCUGCAGCAGCAGCUCGGUUCGAUCAAACGAUCGAUCGAGCUGGAGCAGGACAAGUACCAGAAGCAGCGCGCCUACCACAAGACUCUGUCGAACGAUCUGUUCGCAUUGGUGGAUUGGUUCAAGGACAAUGAUGAGCAUAUCCGGUCACGUCCACUGUUUGGUUUGGAUUUGAAGAUGGCCGACCAGCAGCACAGUGCGCACAUUGCGUUGGCUGGCAAAGCGAACAUCAAUCUGAAGAUGAUUGAAGAUUUGCUUGGGAAGUUGGCGCACAGCGACAGCAAACUGCCCGACGAUCUGCAGGAUAUGGUAGAUCGUGCGAGAGCGCUGCAGGAAACUAUUCCGGCAGAGUUGACAGCUCGUGAAGCCUAUCUCACCCAGAACCGUCAGUACCGGCUGGAGCUCCGUGACAGUAUGGAGCGUGUUAAGAAGUGGCUGACGGCGGCCGAGGAACGAUUCGAGCACACGAAAACGUUCAGCUUCGAUCAGGAGAAGAUUACGGUAGCGUUGAAGGAGCUGGAAGAUUUCCUGCACGGCGAAGCGGAAAUUCGUACGCUUCUGUACGGUGCCAUCCAGGAGCAGGCCGAUCGGUUGUGGAAUUCGUUGAGUGAGCUGGACCAAAACCAGUGCCUUGGUGAGUUGCAGCAGUUGAAGAAUCGGUUGAGUGAAGUGUCGCAUCGUGCCGCGGUGCAGCAGACCGAGCUGCUGUCGAACAGUGACCUAGUGAAAUCGUACAAGAAGCAUUCGAGUGCAGUGAACAGUGUGCUUGCCAAGAGCAAGUUGGACGAUACGAUCCUGACCAUCCCGACGCUGCCGGCCCGUAUUGAUCACAUCAACGUGUUGCUCAACAUGCUGCAGGUGCAGCAGAACGAGCUCGAUAUCCUGAACGAACUAUCGCAGCAGAUAGUGAACCGCGCGGAUCAGUACAAUCGGGACCGGGUGCAGAAGGAGACCGGGGACGCGAAUCGGCAGUGGGCCGCCAACACGUCGCUGCUGGAAACGUUGCGCGAAAAUCUCGUCCAGCUACAGCAGCAGUGGGACCAGCUGGAAAGCAUCCUGCAGGAGCUGGAGGUGAAGUCGAACCUGCUGCUCGAGAAGGACCGAGGAUUGGAUUUGGUGGUCCACUCGCGCGAUCAAACCGAGGCGAAGAAGCACAUUGUGGAGAACUUGCUGGAAGACAAGACCGCCCUUGGUCAGCUGAACACGAAAGCGAACGCACUCGCCAAAACGCUCAUCAAAGCCCUACGCGAACAGAAGCUGCUGCCGCAAUCGCUCGAGGAAAAGCUAACGCAUCUGAACGACAUCAACACACGACUCUCGGACAACCUUGCGAAGAAGGAACGCCAGCUGCGUGAUAUUCUGACGGAGCUGCAGCACUACCUGGACCAGAUCGGCGAGCUAGCGCAGCGCAUUGAAACGGUGCGCAAGGAUCUAACCCAAAUCAACCCGUUCGACGAGCGCCUGUACCAGACGGAGCGAGCGCUCGGCGCAAUCAAGGAAGCGGCCGAAAGCUGCAGCGUCCAGCGGGAGGAUCUUCGCCGACGCAUCAACGAGCAGUACCUGCCAGCGCAAAAGUUUGUCCCCAGUGACCUUAAGGAAGGGUUGGAGCUGCUUGACCGUUCGCUUAGCGGCAUAAGCGGCACGAUGGAGGACUAUCAGGGUGCGUACAAGAAGGCCAAAAUGAUCCGCACGGACUACUUCACCGUGUACGAUCGCAUCAAGACGUGGAUCGAGCAGGCGGAGCUAACCAUCUCCAACCAUGGCAUUGAUCCGAGCGAGCUGAAAAGCAAGCUAACGGCACUGACCGGGGAUUUUGGCGACAUGCGUACGGCACACGAGCAGCUACUGUUCAAUGGCAAUGAAAUCGUGCGCCACUGUACCGAGUCGAGCGAUCGGACGGCCACGCAGGCCAACAUGGAUCAGCUUACGCACGAGCUGGACAAAACGAUCGCGCUGAUCGAGCAGAAGAACCAGACGGUCGAUCAGAUCCUCGGCAAUUGGGCGAACUUUAUGCGGCUGUACCAGUCCGUGGUGGACUGGUCGAUCAAGAUACGGGCGCUGCUGGAGCGCAAGCUGCAGCUGAACACGCUGCACGAGGCACAGCAAGCCUGCCAGAAUUAUUCGGGCGCAGUUGCCAGUCUUGCGGACGUGUCACAGAAUUUGAGCGAAAUGAAUCACGAGUUCGAUAAAAUUAACGAAGUUUGCUCGACGGCCUACCUGAGAGGCAAACUACACGAGGCGGAAACGCUGAAAAUCGACAUCGAGACAGUGCUGUUUGAAAGGAAUCUGUUCCUGCACGAAACGACCGAAGAGUGGCAGCAGUACGAGCGGAAGAUCGAGAGCGUACGGGAGUGGAUAAAGGACGCCUAUCAGGCCUUGAAUUCGGGCGAGCUGAAGAGCAAACCGUUGCGCGAUCAGCUUCGCAUACUGGAGCAGAUGCUGGCGGACAUCUCCGCCCAGAAGAUCAAGGUCAACAUGUCGCUGGAGAAGCUGCAGGUCCACUUCCAUUCCGACAUCAUCUACACGGACAACCCGACGAUCGUGCAGAGCGGCCGGACAAUACUGGCCGACCUGGACAAGCUGAACCUGGACGUGUUCCAGACGACGCAGAACCUCGACCAGGCGCUAGCCCAGAUCGAGGGCUGCCAGGCGGAGAUGCAGACCAUCCGGCAGCGGAUCGUGCACGAGGAGCAGCAGCUCCGGAAUAUCUUAUCACCAUUGCACCAGACGGGCGAUAGUGAAAAGCACGAACAGGACCGUUCGAUGCCGUACGAUUGGAGCGUAGAGUGUUGCGAUCAGGAAGAGAGCGCACCAUCGAUGACGACGGAACUUGCCCGGCCGACGGUGGCUGGCGGUAGUAGUGUGGUGGUGGUUACUACCACGACUACUACUCCGGUCCAGCCGUCCGCCUGGAGCAGGUCGGGCGACGAUCUGACGUACGCGGAAAUCGUUGCCGGGCUGCGUCGUCAGCGCCAGCGAGGACUCGCGCAAACGCAACACAUGACGACGACAGAAAGCCACUCGCCGCAGCCACGCAAUGUUACCAGCAUCUCGAUCAAGACUCCCGAACCCCAAACGAUCGAUCCCGCUCACCAGUACCACCAACCGGGCCCUACUGUAGUACAGCUCGUGGGGGCCGGUAAGCCCGUGGUGCCUGCCAAUGAACCCACUGCAAGAGAUCCUCCACAGGAAGAGCGCCGAUCCCGUAGACCACCUACCAUGCCACCCAAACAACAACCGUCCCGUCCGGCUGAAACACUCACCGAUUCAGUGAGCUCCAGUGCUGUCAAUGUGACCACCAUCGUUGGAGCUACUUCGCUCCAGCCGGUGGUUAUGGUGACGAGCACAGCGAACGAGACGCCCCAAAUGACGCAAACCGAAGUAUCGAACAUCGCUGCAGCAGGACCCGUGUCGGUGUGGUCCUUCGGGAAUAAGACGUACGCCGAAGUGUUGAAAGAAAUUGCCGCAUCUAAUCAAUACCGUCUUCAGCAACAGCAGCAACAACAACAGCAGCAGCAACAAUUCCAGCAGAUGUCAUGGAGUGAUAGUUAUCAGCAGCAACAUCAGCAGCAGCAGCAACAACAACAGUUCGGUACCUCCACUCGCCUUGGCUUACCACAAUCCUACGCAAACCGUUCCCGUUCAAACUCACGCAACCGCCGCAACCGGCCGGAAGCCGUAACGCGUGUAAAUAUUGUACAUAACGAACCUCUAGCGGCAGCCUCUAGUCAGGUGCAGCAGACGCCCCGUGGCGGCAAAGCGCACCCAAGAUCAUCCUCCGCACGAAGCAAUGCAUCAUCAACGACAAGCGAGCGAAUGGUGAAGAGACCGGCCGUUCAGCAGAGUGUGACUCCGAAACCCGAACCAGCGUUCAAGAAGCCGCGUGACGUAGUGACUGCUCCACCCGCGAAAGCAUCCGAAUUGGUGAUACCAUCCGAACAGAGUGAACGAUCCGAAACGAUCAGCUACAGAAAGGCGAAGAAGGGCAAGAUCAAGCAGAUACAAAGCAAGGAUGACAAGCUGCUGCCACCAAAGUCGAUGGAAAGUGUUGAUGUGGGCGUAAAGGAAGAGAAGCAAGUGUUUGUGACGGAGAUCAAUGUGAAUAGGUCCGAAAUUGCUGCGGCCCGCCAAUCGACUAGCCCCAUGAAAACAGUGUCCAUAGUGAAUCUGACCGAUCAGCCGGAAGUGGUUGCCAGUGCUGAGACGAAAAUAACCAUCAAUGUAAACGAACCGGUGCAAGCGGUCGAACAGAAAGUGGAGCAAAAGCAGCAGGAACAUUACGUGACGCAGAUCCGGCUCGAGGAAGAAUCGGGUCAGCGCCGACAGCAGGUGCGCAAGAGUGCGAAGAAGCGUAACAAAACCACCACCACCCACAAGCUGCUGGAUAUUAGUGCAAGUGAGCCGGUGACGACGGUGGAACAGAACAUAUCGACGGUGGAGAUAGUUUCCCCGAAGGAGAAGAAUGUGUCUGUGGUGGAGCUGCGCCCGCUGGAUGAACCACUGACGGUUACGUCGAUCGAACUGAAGGGUGUUGGAGUGGAAGGGAUGGAAUCGCUGGAGAGUUACAGCAAGCAGAUAGAGCUGCUGCUUGGUGAAGGAAGUGGUGUGGUGAAGGAAUCUGAAAUUCCAGUUCAUUCUGCUGAGUUUGUGCCGAAUCCUGUCAUGCUGACGGAAGAAUCCAUACAAAUCGCUCAACCAUGCGUAACGAUCGAUAGGCGUGAAGUUGAAGAGCGCGUGCAGCAGCACACCGAAACCGUCAGCUAUCAUCGGUCAGAGGUAUCGUUUACCACCAUUACCGAAACUCGGCAGGAAGAGAUCGUGGUGGAACAUCAGUCAAACGUAAAAGAAGGCAGUUCCAAAACGUAUACAAGCUCCUUGCAUAUUGAGCAAUCGAAUGCUGAAGGUGGGAAUGAGGAGCAUGUAGCUUCAACGAUGGAGGUUGUAGAUCAGAAGAAGUCGCACGUAGCUGCCAAACCACCUGUAGAGAGUGUGGCAAACGAAAGCGAAUCUUGGUGUCCCCCGACGAAGAAGAAGAGCAAGGGCAAGAAGCAACCCAAGAAGUCUGAUAAGUCGACCGAUGAACAGCACGAUGUGCCCUCUAGCAAUCGAAAGGUCAUUGAACAAAAGCGAACGGAAUUUGUGAGAUCGAUGCUAACAGAAACUGUUGAAGCAGAGAGUCAUGCUGGAGAAGAAGCUAAUGCUCCCAAGGGAGAUGCUGCAUCGGUUACUAAAACGAUCGUAGAAUGUACAUCGGAAGAUAUUAAGUCAUCAGUUACACCGUCAGCAGAAGAGGUAGAACUCAUGAAAGCGAGAGAAGAAUCAUUUUUGGCUGAUAUGAGUGGUCCAGUUGCUUCCAACGUUCCGAUUACCAAUGCAGAUCAAGCGGCGAUAAGACCUUUGGUUGACGAAAUUGCUGUUAUGAAUGCAAGAGAGGAAGCUUUCCUGGUUGAAAUGAGUGGCUCUGUUACGAAGGUAGAAGUCGAAGAUGAGCCAGAAGGGCAACAAACUGUAGCUCCAGGUCAACUCUCGUCAGAGGAAAUAGCAUUGAUGAACGCUAGAGAAGAAGCUUUCUUGGCUGAGAUGAGUGGCAAGAUGGUUCAUGAGGAAACGACGAUCGAACACGAUGUACAGCAGCCUUCCCUUCCAAUUGAAUCUUCUUCGAAGGAAAUAGCUCUCAUGAAUGCACGUGAGGAAUCGUUCUUGUCCGAGAUGAGUGCUUCUGAACCGGAUGUCCCUCAAGUACCAGAGUGUUCUGCUCAGAUUGAAGUUUCAUCCGAAGAAAUUGCUCUAAUGAAUGCUCGUGAGGAGUCAUUUUUGGUCGAGAUGAGUGGACCAGCUCCAACUACUGACGUACACAUUCAAACGAUGCCCAAAGAAGAAUUCAUGCCUGCUGGACCAUCAGCUGAAGAAAUAGAUCUAAUGAGUGCUCGUGAGGAAUCAUUUUUGGCUGAAAUGAGUGGUCAGCAUUCUGAUGUGAAACAUGAUACAGAUGCUAAAACGGUCGAUGGGGCUAUGUCUGUCGUUGUUUCGACUGAAGAAAUAGCCAUUAUGAAUGCAAGAGAAGAAUCAUUCCUAGCUGAGAUGAGUGCUCCUGUUACUGUGACGGAAUCAGAUGUUGUGUUGGAAUCAUCACAAGAUCCGAUUUCCAUGGCACCUUCAGCAGAGGAAGUGGCUCUCAUGAGUGCACGAGAAGAAUCAUUUUUGACUGAAAUGAGUGUAGUAGAACCUACAGAACUGAUUGGUAAACCUACCGCAGAUACCGUUCCUAUUUCACCUUCAGCAGAGGAAAUAGCUUUAAUGACCGCAAGAGAAGAAUCGUUUCUGGCAGAAAUGAGUACACCGAAUGCUGAUACGACUUCAACAUCCGUUACCGUUGAAUUGCCAACGGAGGAGGUAGUUCUUGUGAAUGCAAGAGAUGCAUCAUUGGCAUCUAAAACGAUCGAAGCCGUGAUCGAGCAAACACCUGACGAACGAGCUACAUCCAGCAUUGAAUCUCCAACUCCUAAGCCCGAAGAACGUGUCCCACAGAAUGAAAUUGCAGUCUCAAGUACUGAAAAUGUAUUGCCUUCUCAACCUGCAGCACCUGUACUACCCGUCGGAAAGAGUCCAAAGAAAAAGCAGAAGGACAAGUUUAAGAAAAUAAAAAAAUCUGAUGCAGCAAACAUGGCUGCUUUCCUCGAGGCAGAGCGAAAAGUAUUUGAAGCCGAAGAGCAGGCAGUAGUACAAGAGCAGCCUGUACCGGAGCCGCGAACGCGCGAUCAAACCUCACCGGGUAUGAGCACUAUUACAAAGGAGCAGAUUGAAACAAUCAUUGUGGGCAUUAACUUUGAUCGGCAGAAAUCACUUACUAGCGCAAACGAAUCGGAACAGGCUGUUAGCGAAACAAAUGCGUCUUCUACGGAGGAAGCAUUUGUUGUGAGUGUUCCCGAAAGCCCAGUGAGAAGUGUGCAAGAGUUCCGCAGCAAUCUGGUGUUUGAAGAUUACGAUUUUGUGCCACGAUCGCCGGUGAAGCGCACGGAAGUGGUAGAACGCACCGAUGGUAAGGGAGGACGGAUGAAGGAGGGCAAAUUUAAGCCACAGCUGGAAAGCAUUCCUUCGGAUGCGGAUAUGUUGGGUGGCAAAGAGGAAAAAUCGGCAACGGCAGUUGAAUCUACCGUAUCUAGCACAACGGCGAAUGUCAGCACGAAGACAUCGGAAUCGAAUGAUACGAUCAAGCAGGAGGGUAUGGAAAUUGAUGCAGGCAAGGAAAAUAAUGAUCCCGUGCAAAGGAUUGUGAUCAACUCCAAGUGGCGCGAUAACCGUCAGAAGAUCUCCAUGAUAACGCACGAGGAAGUGUUGCUGCAGCCGGUUUCGCAUAUAAAAAUGGAGCUGCCCAGAAUCGUUGCGUCGAAGGUGGAGAAAGUAUCCCUUCCGGACGUAAAGCCAGACGUUGUGCCGCUGGAACCGAUCGUGCAAGAAACACCAAAGGAAGAGUUUGUCAGGGUGGACGGUGAGCUGGUGCAUGACGAUGUACAGAUCGAACAGGUAGCAACGGAGGUAUCGAUGCUGGACAUUUCGCCUUCGAUUGUGUACGAAACGCAAUCGGUGGAUGUGUUGGAAAAGGAAGCAUCAUUACCGGAGUGUACGGAUGUGGCGUCGGGCAUGGUAGUGGCUACGGAGGCCCAGCAAUCGGACGUGGCGGUAUCUGAUACGGUCACCGUUGCUGAGCAUACGGAAUCGUCUAGCCAGGAGGUGUACACCACAACCACCACCUCUGUAAUGUAUCGCACGACGACGAUCACGUACAUGCAGUCGGAGGAGCAGGAAGAAAUUAGUGAAAUCUACACUGGCCCGACGGUUGUUGAGCAGAGCGUGAAAACGGUCGUUACCAGAGGUGAACCGACGGUGGACGUGUCGGUUUGCUAUUCGGAAGCGGAUCGCAGCAUGGGCGAUGAAGUGAUGGUGGAGAGGAUCGCGAUCGAGAGGGGUGCAGAUGAUGAAUGCAGUGUGGUAGACGUGACUGUAGUUAGUGAAACUGAACCCGACAUUAGCAGUGCAAUGCCAGCAGAGCAAUCGAUAUUGGACAGUUCGAUGCUGUCGGAGACGGAUCGUAGUAUGGGAGAGCAAUUGAUCGAAACUAGGACAAUGAUCGUACUUGAAGAAAGUGAAGGUGACGAAGAGCGGGUAGUGCGUGAGAUGUGCCAGGAAUCGUUCCGACAGGACGAUGCGUCGUCGGUUGAGGUGGCAAAACAAACUGAGUCGUUGGGAAUUGCAACCAGUGAAGUAGUGGUGGGACCUUAUGCGAAUGUUUCGAUUGGCCAGGUGGCUGUGCCGGACAGUCCGCUUGGUUCGGCCAGCGGGCAAGAUUAUUGGCAGUAUCAUGAUACAGAGCGGCAUUACAUUCAAAACUUUGAGGUACAAUCGAUCGACAAUGAGGGAGGGGAACAAGUUACAGAUGAAUCAACUCCACGCAAGGAAGCAGGAGUCGUUGAUCAAGCUGCUGUUGGGGAGAAAAAUGUUGAAAGCAAUGUAACAGAUACGAAAGACUCAUCGUUGCCGAGCAACAAGAGUGACAGGGAGCUUGCGGAAAUCUAUCGUACCUUAGAACAGUCCUACUUGAGCAUGUGGCAACUGCGCGAUGCUGAGAAUAGCUACCAGAAGUUAGAUGCAAGAGAAGCAAAGGCCCAAGCAGAAGAGGUAGUAACUGAAACAUUCAUACCUUGCGAUACACCUGCUGAGGCACUUUAUGUUGAGGAAACUGUUUCGCCUGAAAAACCUGAACAGUCAUCCAAGUUGAUUGACCAAUUCGAAGUGAUGAAAACCUUGAGCCAAUCAAUGAUUAAUAAUUGGCAGUUAAGAGAGGCUGAGUUGAGUUAUGAAAGGCUAAGGACUAUCGAAAUGGUUAAGGAUUCUGAGACUGAUCGUACGGAAAAUGUUGUUGCGCUUUUAGAAGAAAACGUUGAACCGUCGCCUUCAGCAACGGAACAACGUGAAACGAUAACGCAAACUUCUUCUGUAACUACUGUUACUACAAUCGUCACUUCAAUCGAAACUGAAGAAAAAUCUUCAUCUGAGGAGCGUAUAAUUGAGCAACAAAGUAUUGAAAUAGUGGCUGAAGAAAAGCCUGAACAGGUGGCAAAUCUUCUAAAAGAAGCUAGGAUACAAAAAUCAAGGGAAGAAGAGUUGAGGAAUGCUUUGUUCUUUGAAUCGAUGUCUGCUCAUGAUAACUUUUCACUGCGUGAAGGUGAGAGCAAAUAUGUACUUCAAAAACAGAAUGAAAAUUCGAAGAAGGAAACUGAAAUUUCUGUUUUGAUCGGUGAUCUUCCACCUGAAGAUGUUGAAAAAGUAACACCACAGGAUAGCGAAGAGCAAGAGCUUUUGAGGCGUUCAGCCAUGUCAAAGGAGGAAGAAUUGAUGGCAGCAGCAUCUAAGCCUGCUGUACAUGAGGUGGAAGUAUGUGACAAACCGUUGAAGGAAGCCACAGAUGAUUUGUAUCCAUCUGCCGAAGAACAGAAGCUGUUAAGAUUAACAGCAAUGUCAGUUGAACCGGUUUCAUUUUAUGAUACACUUCUGUUGCGGGAAUGUGAAAGGAAAUACGUUUUGCAAAAGCAGAUUGAAAAUCCAAAGACAGAGGAUUCUGUUUUGAUUGAAGAUAAGUUAUUAGAAGAAACUGUAUCGCCAAAAGACAAUGAAAUACAAGAGCUUUUGAAGGACUCAAUAGACGAAGCUCCGGAAUUAGUUGUGCUUGAAACAACUGCUGCCACCACUUCGGCAGAAAGUAAGAAGCCAUGUCUAGACAGUGAAGAACAAGAGCUUUUGAGACUCUCGGCUGCUUCAAAGACAGGAGAUUUAGAAACAACUGUGACUACAUUGGAAGAAACUACUUCUCCAAGUAGUGAGGAGCAAGAGCUAUUGAGACUGUCGGCAGCUUCAAAGGCAGAAGAUUUUGAAUCUGUUAUAUCUGAAAUUGCUGCUGAAGAAAUCAUAGCUGAACAAGCUCCUUCAGAGGAUGCUCCAGGUGUUGACAGUGAAGAGCAAGAGCUUUUGAGACUCUCGGCUGCUUCAAAGGCAGGAGAUUUAGAACCAGUUGUCUCUGAAAACAUCACUGAAGCAAUGAGAGUAGUCAAGGCUAUACUGGAAGAAGUUCCUAAUACUGAGGAGCAGGAGCUGAUGAGACUAUCGGCAGCUUCAAAAGCAGACAUUUUAGAGCCUGUUAUGCCUGAAUCUGAUGUAUUGGCAGUAAAAGAAGCUCCUUCGGAAGAUGUUUCUUGCGUAGAUAGUAAAGAGCAAGAGCUUUUGAGACUCACAGCUGCUUCAACGGCCGAAGCUUUCGAACCAGUUGUUACUGAAGAACCUGUACCUUGUCAAGACAGUGAAGAGCAAGAGCUUUUGAGACUCUCAGCAGCAUCAAACGCACCUAAUUUAGAACCAGCUGUGCCUAAAAAUGCUGCUGAAGAGUUGGUAGUAAGUAAAACUUCUUCGGAUGAUAUUCCGUGCGUUGACAGAGAAGAGCAAGAACUGUUGAGACUUGCGACGGUAUCAAAGGCGGAAGAUUUAGAACAAUCUUUGGCUGAAAGCACUAUCGAAGAAGUAGCUGGUACUCCAUUGGAACAUGUUCCAUGCCUUGACAGUGAAGAACAAGAGCUCUUGAGACUUGCGGCAGCAUCAAAGGCCGAUGCUUUUGUAACAAUCGCCCCAGAGACUACUGUUGAGGAAGUAACAGUUAGCAAAGAACAGGAGGAUACAAGCUUGCCAAGUUUAUCAAACACAGAAGGUUUCCAACAGGUUGUAUCUCUGACUACCACUGAAGAAGUGUUGGUAUGUGAGAAUACGGUGGAAGAAGCUUUGCUUCCUUACGAUGAAGAACAAGAAACUUUGAAUCGCUCAGUUAUGUCGAAGGCAGAAGCUUUAGAAUCAGUUUUGUCUGAGUCUGAUGUUGCUGGAGUGGUAGUAAGCCACGUACCAGUGGAAGUAGUUCCAGAUAGCGAAGAGCAACAACUGCUGAGACUUUCGGCUAUGUCUAAGGCAGAAACUGUUGAGCCAACUGUAACGACAGAAGACUUACAACCAGUUGUGUCUGAAAUUACUACUGAAAUCGUGGUAGUAACUGAGAUGAUAGAAGCAUCAAUCCCAGACACGGAAGAACAGGAACUGUUAGGUCUUUCAGCAGUAUCGAAAACGGAUGAUAUGGAUUCCGGUAUGCCUGAACCAACAACUGAAGAAGUACAAGUUAUCGAGAAAUCGAUGGUAGAAACUUCAGAGGGAGAAGAGUUCAUACAAAAGACGGAAACUUUGGUGACAGUUGUGUCUAAGACUGUAACUGAAGUGGUGAUCGUAAGUGAUAAACUGGUAGAAGAAGUGUCCUAUCCUGACAGUGAGGAACAGGAACUUUUGAAACGGUCAGUAAUGACCAACAUCGAAACAUUAGAACCAAUUGUUUCGGAGGUUACUGUUACAGAAGUGGCAGUAAGCGAUGAAUCUUUUGAAGAAGUACAAGCUCCUGACAGCGAAGAACAAGAGCUUAGGAGGCUUGCAGCUAUGUCUAAGGCAGAAACAGCAGAGUCUGAGGUUACAGUCGAACAAGCAGUAAUAACAGAACAACAAACGGAGCAAGUACCAUGUAUAGACAGUGAAGAACAGGAACUUUUGAGACUGUCGGCUUUGUCAAAGGCAGAGUUAGUUUCACCAAAAGAUGCUUCAGAAGAAACAACAGUUUAUGAAAAACCACCAGAAGAACUCUCGAAGCUGUUACGACCGAUUUCGAUUGAAAGGAACACACAAGAACAGGAAGCAAUUGCUGCUGUUACUACAGUAGAGGUGGUAGAGCAGAUGGAAUCUUCACUGCACUCUGAGAACGUUCAACAGUUUGUGAUUGAGCUGUCAGUAGCAGAAACUAAACAACCCACAGUACACGAAGACCUGGGUGACGAAUCCAUCAGUAGCGUAGAUGUAUCGAGAUCGGAUGCGUUUGAUUCAAGCAUGGCUUCGGUUAUCAGUAAGCCAGAGAUAUCGUUCAUUAGCAUACCACUGCAAAAGAAUGUGGCUGCGGAAGACAUUGAACUGAUGGUUUCUAGCAUUGAAUCGAAUGAGGGUGUGGUAGAUGUCGCAUCCUCACCGGAUCAAGAUGCUGGAGAAGUUGUAGUCGAAGGCAAGCUGCUUGUUCAAGUAAACAUUCCCCAGAAAGGAACGGAUGAACGAAAAGAAAAACGGAAGAAAGAAAAGAAACAGGCUAAAAAGACGAAACAGUUACCACAAGAUGCGGGGGCUUCGAAGGAUUCUACCGACACAGUUAUUAUUACAUCCAAAACUGAAGAACCUCAGGCACCGGUACCAAACGUGUGGGAACAAAUGAAGGGCAAGAAAACGUAUGCUGAGGUAGUAGCGGGCAGGGAAGCGGAACGCAGAAGACUUCUGGAGCUACAAAAGAAUAAGACACUGUCUUCGGACGUGUCAAUAGAAGAAGAUAUUGAACCAGUAGUGUCCAAGGCUGUAAGUUCCACGGAUAAGACAAUAUCUCGUAACGAGAGUUUUGUUGAAGUUGAGCUAAGUAGCGAAACAGAUCUGCAAACUUUCAUUGAAAGCAACAAGAGUUACGGAAGUAUGGUCAAGUCAAGUAUGUCUUGGGCUGAUAUGGUUGAGGACGACAUGGCAGACAGUAGCACUGCUAGCAAUGCUGGUGUCAUUCCCUCAGAAGAAGAACUAAGCAAGAGUGAACCCAUUGCGUUGGGUGAAACGUCGAAUCAACCAGUGGAGGAUUCUCAAGCAAUCGAUCAGGACAAACAGAACGACUCAGCUAAACGUGAAACAAACAAGAAGAAGAAAAAGCAAAAGAAACAGGCUCAAGUAGUAGCUGAGGCUACUAGCUCUGCGAAAGAUGCGGCACCAACUUCAGAAUUGGAUCAACCAAAGCAGGAUGAAACUACCCCCGCUGUAGAGGCGAACAUUUGGAAAACUGGUCCACUUUACGCUGAAGUUGUGGCUCAAAAUCUUAAGCGAGAGAGAGAAGCUUUGGAAUCACAAUCUGCUGCAGCUCAAUCCGAUGUCCAAUACGUUGUUAGUACAACACCGGAGAAGAUUGCUCAAGCGAUGGAGGUUAUUCUUCCAGUUACGGAGCAUGAUUUUGAUGCACCGGCUUCCGAGUUGAAUAAGAAGGAAGAAAAGAAAUCCAACAAAAAGAAGAAACAGGCUAAAUCCCAACAAACUACAGUUGUUACGGAACAGAUUAUAAUGACAUCUACGGCAAUGUCGGAAGAUACAGAAAUUGUACCCCAACAAACUGACCAAUUUGAGCAAAGUUCUGCUCAAGUUAGUGAGUUAACUAUUGAAGAAACUCAGGCAAUAAUUACGCAGGAUGUACCGAAGGUUGUCCAAGAGGUCGUUACAAUUGUAGAACAACAACUGCCUUCAUCUGCGCCAAAAGUUUUGAACGAAACAGUACAGGAGAAGACUAGGGAUUCAGAUCCUGUUUCGGAAAAUGUUGACACCACAACUGACCGAAAAUCCAAAAAGUCUAAGAAAUCUAAGAAAACAGGAUCCGAGAUCGUUGAUCAACCUGAAUCGGUUGGUCAAUCUGUUGUUGAAACAAACAUUGCAAGUGUUGAAGCAACUAAGACAGAUGAUACCGAAUCAGAUUCUUUGGUAGUAUCCGACAACGAAAUCGUACGAUCUCAGCCUGAAGAUGCUAAUUCUAGGGUGAAGAAAACCAAGAAAAAGCAGAAGAAGAAGCCUUUGAAACAUGCUUCCAGCGAUGAGUCCCCGGACGUUGAGCCGGAAGUUAGUGGUGACUCGACUAUUGGAGAAAUCCAGGUACAAAUUACACAAGAUGUACCGAAGGUUGUCCAAGAAGUUGUUACUAUUGUAGAACAACAACUGCCUUCAUCCGUGCCAGUAGUUUCGGACGAACAACUACAAGAAAAGGCAGAGGAUACAGAUUCUGUUUCAGAAAAUGUUGACACCACAACUGAACGAGUAUCCAAGAAAUCUAAGGCGACAAGAUCCGAGAUCGUUGAUCAACCUUUGCCUGAAUCGGUUGUUGAAACUGUUGUUGAAACUGUUGUUGAAACAAACAUUGUAAGUGUUGAAGCAAUUAUGCCGGAUAAUACCGAAUUGGAUUCAUUGGUAGUACCGGUAAAGGAAGACGUACAGCCUCAACCCGAAGAUUCUACUUCUAGGGCGAAUAAAAGCAAGAAAAAGCAGAAGAAGAAGCCUUUGAAACAUGCUUCCAGCGAUGAGUCGCCCGACGUUGAGCCAGAUGAACAAUCUUCGUUAAAGACUAUUGAAGCAGCAGUUCCACUGUCGGAAUCUCCUAAAGAAAUUGCUCACCUUCAGGAGCAUGUUCAUGAAAACAAGGAGUUUGUUGAAUUGGUUGUAAACACCGAAACGCAAUCCAUUUCCGAUCGGGAAAAACAUGUCAAAUUCUCUGGGGAAAUUGAGAUUCUUAAGGAGGUACCGUUAUCGGAAUCACCAAAAGAAAUUGAACACCUUCUAGAGCAUCACGCACACAAGCCAUCAUCGCUAACACUGGAGAUAAUGGAACCAGUGGCGGUGGAGCACGCUGACGAUGCUCAUCGGCAUGUACAUUUUGUAGAGGAAGUGUCAAUAGUGCCACUGGUACCACUUUCUGAAUCUGUCAAGGAAAUAAAGCGCCUAUCUAGCGUAACAGAACACUCUGAAGAGGAGAAGAUUGAACAGCCUGUUGAAGAUCAACCUGAAGAGGAUGGCAGUGGUGAGCGUAGGGUAAAGUUUGACCAUCAGGUAGAGAUACUACCCACUGUACCGUUUUCUGAGUCUAGCAAAGAAACUGAACGAGACGUACAAGCGGACAGAGAUGCAAAGAACAUUUGCUCAGCUUUGGAAAUCUCUACCACAACCAUCAGUGAAGCGAACGCGAUGAAAGUUGAAGUAGUUGAGCUGGUGGGCAGUCCUAAUCUGAUAAAACCAGAAGAAGAUAAACGCGUUAAGUUUGACCCCUUGGUGGAAGUGUUACAAAACGUACCAUUCUCAGAAUCCGUCAAGGAAACGGAAGCCAUUGGAAGUGAAAAACCCGAACAAGCACCAUUGCGCGAAGAGAGUCCAGAUAUUUUGCCCCAAGCAGAAAGACGUGUGUCCUUCUCGAAAACUGUUGUUAAGAUUGAGUUGGAACAGGUCGAUAAUGAUGAGGAUGAUUUUGAAGUGAUUGAUAUGGCAGAAGUUGAGGAAGUUUUAGUUCCUUCUGUAGAUACAGUUGAAAAUCGUGAAGAAGUUAUUGCGCCUCAAGAUCUACUGCAAAACGACAGCCCUAGCUCAGUUUCUGAAGUGAUUGAUAUGGUGGAAGUUGAAGAAGUUGUUAUUCUUCAUUCCGAAACUAUUGAAAAGCAUAAUCUGCAGCAACACGAUAGUCCUAGCUCAGUUUCUCAAGUGAUUGAUAUUGCGGAAGUACAGGAUGUUAAUGUUCUUCCCGCUGAAACUAUUGAAAAGCGUGAAGAAGAAGCGAUUGUGCCUCAAGAUCUACAGCAAAACGAUAGCCCAAGCUCAGUUUCUAAUACAGCACCACAGGAGGUAGAACAGAAUGCUGCCAAGAAGUCCAAGAAAUCUAAGAAAAAGUCGAAAAAGCAACUAGGUACCCAAGCAGCCUCUCUGGAUGAGCCCGAGUUCGGCAGCCAAGGACCUGCACCGUCCGAUAGCGACGCGACUCCUCGGGCGGGACUUCUGUACGCAGAAGUUGUUGCACAAAGGCCAGAAAAGGAUGAUCGUAGUGCGCUGAAAGCUCAGAUAACAGAUUUAGACACUGAGACGGUUGUAAGGGAGGAUUACUUGGUUGUGCAGGAAAUUUCAAUUUCCGCCGAGCCUCGACCUCACGUGACAGAAAUUGCCCAGACUGUCCAAUAUGAGAUGACGCUCAAAGCGGAUUCCAGUCCCAUUGAGUCGUUGGAGGUUAUGGAUGUUCAUGUCGAAGAAAGCAUUGUUUUGCCUAAAGCAAAUGAUCAGUCAGCUAGCGUAGUAGACCAAUCCGUUGAUCGGGAAAGUACGAUAGAACAGCAAGACGUACAGCAAGGUCUAAGCGAACACGAUUCUCAGUUUGUUUUGCCACCUAACGAGACGGCGGGUGAUGAAUUCGUAGUGGAAGAAAGUUCAUUGCACGAUGUGCCUUUAGAGAUGCAUUCGGUUGAAAGUGUUACAACAGAACAGCCCACUUGCACUACCGAGGAUCAACCUCUGUCCAUGCAGGGGCUUUAUUGCAUUUGGCAGGACAGAUCUUGGCUUGAUCGAUCGUUGUACAGUCAGGCGGAGGAGCGAUUUGCGCGGGUUAGCGUUGCCCAGGAGCAACAGCAAGUCGCACCGAGCGGUGCAUCGUGCAUCGUCGCCGACACACCACCAACAGCAACAGUAACAACAACAGCUGCCCCUGCAGCCACUAACAAUGUACUAACAACAGCAACAGCAACAGCAUCAACACCAAUGCCUCACAUCCCCUGCGAAGAGCUAUCCCUGCAGCAAACCGCGACCACAAGUCUUUGCGAUCCAUCCUCUGUACCCGACUCCAAAUCUCCCGUUCUUCCUUCCACACCCAACACUCCAUCCCUAGCUCCUUCUCCCCCAACAACCCCCGGUACUCCCUUAGGUUCAACGGACAGCGUAGAAUUAAGUAAACAAAAUGUGGCUGAAUGCACAGACAGUAAACAGGCACUAGCGCAAAGUGUGGAAAGUAUUCUGGACUCGCUGAUCAGUGCGGAACUAGAGAUGAACAAUCUGCCGUACGACAACGUGAACGAUCUCAUCAAGGGUCUGCAGAUCCUGAUAACGAACCUAGCCGAGUAUAAGCAGCAAAACUAUGCGAUUGCGAGAUCACUGCCGGUUAACGCGGACAGCCACGUCCGGGCAGCGGUCGAACAGAUCGACGAACGAAUCGACCUAUUACGGCAGCGAGCGGAAAAUGGCCUCGAAAAGAUUCAGCAAACACUGAAGCAACGCGAACAGCGGAAGGUGGAAAUUCGGGACUAUCUCGAGCUGUUGGAGGAAAUCGAACGAUGGCUUUCGGGUACCAGCAUACAGCUUAUGGAGGUGACCGAGUGCAGCACGGAGGAGGAAAUGCGACGACGCAAAGAGCAGGAAAGUGCUGUGCUAAACGAUUUGCGCGCCAAGGAACAGUACUUGCGCGAUGUGCUGGACAAGACGGAAUCGUACCUGGUGUACAAGGACGUGAGCGAUCGGACGGUGACGUUGCGAGAAAAUUUGACCCUGCUGAUACGUAUCCUGCGCGAAAAGGCCUUAAUACUGGAAAAUAACAUUCAGCGGCUGGCCGAUCAUUUGCAACCUGCCGCUACGGUGGAGCAGACGGUACAACCGCAAACCGUAGACAUUGAAAGUCAAACGAGCCCGCUGGCUUCGAUGGAACCGGUGCCCGUUUCGCUUGAUAUAGUGCGCAGUGAAGUGCAAGUUCCUGCGACGGUUGCUGUGUCCACUCAGGAAUCAUCUGUGCAAACACAACCCGCACCCGAACACACGACCGAUAACAUCCUGAUCAUACAGUCCGUUGUUAACGGGCGGGAAACUGUGCAGAUCUCCAAUGUACCACGAGCACAGGGUAUAGCUGACCAGCCCUUGGAAGAGUCUGUGGUUGUGGAAGCGAAGUACACACAACCCGCCGAAGGUAAAGAGAGUGAACGUUCCUCGGAGUUGCUGGUGAAAAACAUUCCGACCCAAUUCGAGACGACGUUUGUCGAACCAGACGAGACAACGACGGAGAUUGUGGUAAACCGGGACGGCUCCAAGAAGAUCACUCUGCGCAAGGUGGUACAGCCAGCCCAAUCCAUUGAGUCAACAAUCACAGGAAAGGCUUCGAUUGUAACCUCAGUCGAGUUGGCACCGGAGCAGUCUGAUGCACCGGCAAUAACCGCUGAGGAAAGUAGGGUGGUCGUCGACGUUGAAGGUGUUGACGUUGUGCUGGAAGAGCAGAGCACCGAGCAGAAGCAGCAAGAAGACCCAGUGUUAGAAGCUAGCUCACCACCUGCCGUCAGCGACUCGCCCGUGCUGGAAACGGCGCAAACCGUUGUUGAGGAGGUGCUGGAACAGCUGGAGCAGAAACUGAUAACGGCUGAGCAGGCUGUCGAGCAACAGCAGCCGGACGAACCGUCACAGGUAUUCGAUUCACAUGCUCAAAAAAUCGCACCAGUAGAGUUGAUUGCUUCUAUCGUUGAGUCACAAACUAGCAGUAGUACACUAUUAGGCAUUGAUGCUGCUGCUGCUGCAGUUGUUGCUGCUACCGCUCCUACCGAUGCCACUGUUGCAAUCGAUUCCUUAAGCCUUACCGAACCACUUACAGCCGGCGGGGAAUUAAGCGUACCGGUCGAAAGGCCAGUAGAGUCGCUGGAAGACAUCUGGCCACCGUCGCAGUAUGUGUGUGUAGAUAACGUUCCGGAAAGAUCGAUACCGGUCUCACCGGUACAUGUGCGAACGGAGGAAACGGUUGAAGUGCCUGUACAACGGCAAGAGAGUGAAGAGGCACAACAAGUAUGGCCAACCAGCCCCGAACGUGGUUCUGAUUACAUCGAGAUAGAGCCGAAUGUUAUGAAGCCUCAGGAAGUGAAGGAGGAAGAAACAAUAGUUCCAAUAGUGAUGGAGGAAGCAACGCUAGAACACGUGGCAGUAGAUCGAAAUCAGGAAAUUGAGGUUCCUAUAGUGAUGGAAGGAGUGAUUAGCGUGUCGAGUGUGCCUGAGCCGGCUGAUACUACUGGUGAACUUUUGGAACAAACGGUUCAAGUAAAGGAAGAUCUUCCUGUACCAACACAAGUUACAGAAGUUCCCGUAGAAACGAUCGUUGUGAAGAUUGAGGAUGAAAGCAAGCAAUUGGAGCCUAUUGAAACGGUAAUUGUUGAAGCUCCUACCUUGACAGACGAGCCAACGCUGGAAAUUAUUGAGACAACUACGUUGAGUUCCGAACCUGUGGUGGAAACAACGAUCACGCGUACCACCGAUACAAUCGAGGACAGUGAUAGCUGCACUACAAUAGUAGAAACGGUAGUGAUAACCAAGACGACAACAACGGAAGAAGUGAUCGAAAUUCCGGUGGAGGUUGAACAGCUUGAAACUACUGCAGGCGAUGAUCAAGAUGAAACGGUACUGAUUGAAAAGGUGACUCAUGUGACCACGAUUGUAGAGCAUGUUAUGGUCGAGGGUGGAAGCGAGGAUGCGCCUGAACGACCAACAAUUGAGGAGAUAACGAGUGAACCAUCUGCUGAGACGGCACUGGUGAAGCAAGAACAACCAGCGCCACCGGAGCAGGUCGAUGAUGAGACGAACCUACAGGUACAGGUUGCAUCGAUCGGUGAAACGCAAAGCUCUUCGUUGCGAGUUUCGAUGACCGUUGAUCCUACCGAAACGAAGAAGAUCAGUGUGAGCUUGAUCGAGAUUAAACCAUCGACUGGAGCAGCUCUUGAAGAGGAAGGCAAACAGACGGCCGCACCAGAGUCGCUGGAGUUUGAAGAGAUUUCCGGUCUAAAGGCUGUUGAAGUUGAUCCGGGAUAUGAGGCAGAUAAAACGGCUACCGCUGAAGGAGAACCCGAUGACGACGAUAAGAGCAAGAAGAAGCGCAAGAGAAAGAAGAAGGGCAAGAAUGAAAACGAAAAGGCUAGCAAUACCGAUCAAUCGGGACCGGAGCCGAAACCUGCUGCACCUGCCGAUGGACGUUUGUCGGUGGCCCAGGAAUCCGAGCAGCGGUUCGAUUCGUACCAAAGCUUUACGGAGGAAGAUCAACCACAGGUCAGCACCGUGAACGUGCUGGAAGAGGCAGUCGAGCCGGCGAUGAUCGAGGUGCCGAUAACGAUUCAGGAGAAGAUUGUCGUCCCAACCGAGGUGAUUGAGGCGAUCUAUACUGAGGAUGUGCAGCAGCAAACUACUCCGAUUGAGUUUGCUUCAGGACGGAGCGAUUCGGUCGAUGUCGAAAUCGAAAAGAUCACUUCCGAGCGGUUGAUGGUACCGAUCGAUUGGGAGCAACGUUCGAUGCAGACAUCACCAGAACCAGUGAUUCAGCGUACCUCACAGCAAACCUCUCCGCUUACGAUCGAGCAGGAGGGUACCGAGCAGGAGACGAAGGAAAUCCAAACCACAGCUGUAGAAGCGGCCGAGAUUGAAACGCAAACCGCACAACCAGUGGAGCUAAUUCAACAAGAAGCUCAAACGGACACGGUGGAGGAGUCGCCCGCUGCUGCACGUGAGAUCGAUACAGUGGAUAUGGCCAAUCAAACCGUUCCCAUUGAAACCAAGGAAACUCAACAGCAGGCCGAGAAUGCGGAAGAAAUCGUUGGUCCUAUUUUGGGACAGAUCGUGAAGGAAGUGAUUGAUCCAGCGACGCUCUACAAACCAUCAUCGAUGCAAACCAGCCCGGUACAUUUUGCUGAAGAUGCUGAGGCACCGAAAGAGGGCGCAGAUGUUCAGACGGCGGACGAAAGUGCACAAACAAGCUUCCCGGAGGUGCAGGAUGCGAAUGUGGAAACGGAGACGGUGAGUGUGGAAGACCGUGCCAACUCCCCGUUGGCGGAAUCUCCAGCUGAGGUGCAAUCUUCUGUUUUACAACCUAUAUCUACCACGGAAACUGCCAUGCAGACGAGCCCGAUGCACGAUGUGACGGUUGCAGAACCAUCCACCGUCUCUCCGAAGUACGAAAUACAGGAUGAAAUUCUUAUUCAAACAGUCGCACAACCCUCGGCACCAACCUUGGAAAGCGUUGAUAUGCAAACCGUGCAAGUGCCUACGAUGGAAUCGGACGCUCAAACCACUCCAGUGACGGUGACGGAAAUUACCGAAACUGUCACCAUUAGCACACAGACGAAGCAGCAAGAGUCUGCGCCAGCUGCAGAGGAGGUCGUAGAGCCAACGCACGAUGAUAAAGAAAGCAAGAACAAGCGUGACAAGAAGAAAAAAUCGAAGAAAUCCAAGGACAAAUCGAUCCCGAUCGAGGUGGAAGUUAGUACGCAGAUGGUUGUACCAAGCAUGAGCGCUGCCGGUGUACCGUUGGUUGGUGCCGUUGGAAGUGAAUCAGUAACGGUGACGAAAACAAUCAUCACGGAAGGCAAGAGUGCCGAUGGACAGGGAGAUGUCGGUUUGAACAUACAGGUUGACAUUGAUCCUAGCUUCGGUACGGUUGAGCAGAGCACAAUGGCUGGUUCCGCGAAACCAUCUACGAUGGUCAGCUGUCCCAUCAACGAAUCGCUGGACACGCUGCAAAGUCAAAAUCUGCAGCUGAGCCUGUCCGAUUGCUUCUCGAUCAUCAAGUCGCAGCAAAACUAUGCCGAGAAUCGCGUCAUCCCGUGGCAGGACAUUAAUCGAAUGAUGAUGAGCAUCAAAUUCCCGUCGGUAUCAUCCGCGGAGGGUGAUGACCAGCGAGGUAACGCUUAUCCCAUCAUCUGCUCCACAAGCUUACCUACGGAAGAGGACGAUACGGGCGCCGCGAAUGACGAUCUACAGCACGUGCUGCAGCUAUUGCAGGAGAAUGAAAAUAAUCCAGCUGCACAGCAGCACCUCCUUUUCAAUGUCGUGGAAAAUGUUGUCAAGUCGCUGGAAGAUCUCGAUACAGGUGUUGCGCAGGCAAACGUCACCGACGGCCCAUCGUCGGUGGAACGUGCGAAGCUACACAGGGUGUACAAAAUUCGACUCAUUCGCAUCGAAGAGCACAUCGUGAAGAUAAUUACGUACGUGCAGCGCUCUAAGACCGGUCCCAACAAGGAGGUAGACGAGUGCCUAAACCAUCUUCUGCGCCAGGUAAAAGCAUUAGAGCAAACCCUAGCCGAUGGAGAACAGAAGCUGGAUGCAAAUGCUACCGAGCUGCGGACAAUCAGCGGUAAGGUGCGUUCCCUAAGUAAUACCGUCGCUGGAAUUGAGGGAACCUUCAGUGAUCUGGUAGCGAACGAUACCAUGUUCAUCGCGACCAAGCUAUGCAUGAUUCGGGAGUUUGAAAUGAACUGUCGCGUCGCACAAAACUCCCUAACGGCGUGCACAAACGAGUACAACAGUCGGGAGCUGAAAUCGGAGGACGAUGGCAAGCUGGCGGGUGAGAUGGAACAAAUCGGCCAUCAGCUGCGCAGGUUGGAGAAUGGGCUGGUGCUGGAAAGCAACAAGCUGAUCCAACUCGGCAGCCUUGCCGAAGAGUACGAGCAGACGCUGCUCGAGUUCCAGGAGAUCACCGCCACCGCGGAAGUGUUUAUCGAGAACGAGAUCGUAACGAACUCGCUCGAGGAACUGCAGGAGGAAAUGCAACGCUAUCGUAAGUUCUUCGUGAAUCUGAACCACUGCAAGGCGAUACUGGAGUCGUUGGAAACGAACCUCGAUCCACUGACGCGUCAGAAGUAUGCCGAGCUGCACUCUUCGCUGUACAAUCGUACGAAGGUGAUCCUGGAGCGGGCUGUUGAUCGAGCUGGUAAGCUUGCACUGGCAGCAUCGCGCUGGACCGUGCUCGAGAAGGACAUGGUCGCGGAGCAGCAGUGGCUUCAGGUGGCUCAGCAGCGUGUGCCCGAUCUGAGUAAUGUCUCGUCGCAGGACUACGAACGGUACAUUACAAUGUACGAGUCGCUCGACCAGGAUAUUGGCAAUCACUUGACGAAAUUGCGAUCGCACAAUGAGACGGCACGCCGCAUGCAGGAGCUGAUCUCCGCCCCGAUCGUUGAGAAGGAAAGCAAUGAUGCGCUGGUAGUGGCGAUGCAGCUAAAGGAAGAGGUGUCGCUCUACCUGCGCCUGCUGACCAAGUUCAAGACGCAUUGGAAUCAGUACAAUGUGCACGCCGACCGACUGGGUGACUGGGUCCAUCAGAACGAGGGCAGACUAGCGUACAUCACGAUCGAAAAGAACCUGUCCGAAACAUCGGUCGAUCAUAUGCGAACGUUCUGGGAAAUUAAGGCCCAGUACGAGGUGCUCAACAACAAGGUGUACAAGAGCGCUUGCGAAACAUUCGAUCGUGCGCUGGAUACGAUCCCUGUGACAGAUGAACAGCUACAGCGACAGCUGCACGGUCAGCUCCUCGACAACUGGUACGCCGUCUCGAGCCGCAUCGACAACAUCCAGCGCGACAUUACGGACUCGAUGAAAACGGAAGGUACGCCACCAAGCGACAAGCUGGCAUUCAUCGAGCAGGAGCUGCAGGAGAUUGCACGCGAGUUCGACAGCACCAAGUCGGUGCUGAAGAGCCACGAUGAUCUGUACCUGUACAUCGAGCGGAUACACACGCUCAAAACGCGUAUCCAGCUGAUCGAUACCGAGCUGGUCAGUCAGUUUGCCCUCGCCCUCGACUGUGACACGGAGGAGGUGAAUGCGAUCUUCACGCGAUCACGCUUCUUGCUGCACCAGAUAACGGAUGAGCUGCAAGCGGCCGAAACGUUCUACGGUCGGUUGGAAGACAUUGAGCAGGGCAUUGCAGCUCAGGAGCAGCGCUUGGCAGAUAUUGCUCGUGUGCUGGAUGAGUGCAGUGGUAGCGUUAAUGGUAAACGAUCGGCCAUUGAGAAGGCUCUGGCGGACUGCAAAACAAGCCAAGAAGCACUAGGACCCUGUUGGAACGAGUUGAUGCGCUUGCGCCAGAUGCUUCACACGCUGCCGAUGAACCUGAAGGUGUCCGUGUCGCCACUACAAACCGAGCGUGAUCUGUCGACGCUACAAAACGUGCACAAUGAUCUGGAGCGCCGCUCGGAAGAGGUGAUGACGCUGCUACGCAACCGUUUGGCACUGUGGAACAAGUUCCACAAGCAGCUCGACAUGAUACAGGAGCAUGUGCAGGAGACGGAGUUCAUGAUGGAGCUGUUGCAGCUACAGGAAAGUGCCGACUACAACCGACUACUGAAGGCUACGGAACGGUUAGAUACACUUCUGACGGACAUUGAAAGCAGAAAGGGCAUGAUUGAGGAUUUGCACACGAUCGCCCAGCCGCUGGUGGAAACGUCCGACGAGAGUGUGUCGGCCGAGAUCCAGGAAACCGUGCAGCAGAUUAGCGUCGUGUGGGAAAGUACGCGCGAGAACUUGCGCGAUCUGUGCGACCGGUACGAGAAGGCAGUGAAACUGUGGCAACACUAUCACGACGUCUGUGAAGCGGUGAAAGACUGGGUCAACCAUGAGUACACGGAUUACGAUGAUUUGCACCGGCUGGAAGAUCUCCCACAGGUGGAAGUGUACCAGCAGGCACUGCUCGAUCAGCGGCAAGAGGUUGAGAAGCUGCGUAAACUGAUCGGCGACAUCAACGAGCAGGUUGGAUUCAACAUUGGCGAUACGCUGCUGACGGAGAUUGACGAGUGUAGUAAAAAGCUGGAAGAUAUCGAGCGGAAUGUGGUGGAGCAACGAAGCAAGGUACAUGAGCGGGAAGUUGCACGAACGGAGAAGGCUAACACCGUGCAAUCGUCCCGUGGUUUGUUGAACCACAUUCAGGAGAGCCUCCAGCAAUCGGCACACUCUCAGCGUACUGCCGACGAGAAUCUGUACAAUAAGAUCGUUGAUCUACGCUCGUACAUGUUGAGUCUGUGCGGAACAAUCGCCCGUCUUAAGGACAUUCAGCGCGAACGUGAACCAGCGGAUGAUAAUGGCAAUCUGCAGAAUCUGCACUCAAUCUCGCAAAAUCUGCUACAGGACUCGUUCCAGCAGUACCAGGAGUUGGUGCAGCAGCUCGUCACUCAAACGGAGGAUGACGGGCGCUUGCUAGAAUUCUGGCAAGAGUAUCUUCAGUUUGUGCUGACGUUCCUGUCUGAACCCAUCCCGAGCGAUUACGGUCAGCUGAAGGCACACCGCGAACAAUGUCGGCUCAUUAGAAUGCUACUGAUAAGCCUCCGCAAAGUGCUGCUACAGAAGAGCAAGAUCGACGUCCGGUUGGUGGAGCGGUUCAACGAGCUGAGCGAACUGCAUGCCGAUCGAAUCGAUCGUUUCUCGGAACGAAUCACCGAGACAGACAAUCGACUGUGGCACUGGGAAAAGUUCCGUUCGCUUGGUGACGAUCUGUAUGAGGCACUCGCUAACAUCGAACGGGAAAAGUUCACGCUCCAGCUGGAGUACAUCAAUCUGCAGGAGCUGCCGAAGCUGAUCGGCAAGGUUAACGGUUUGCUGGAACAGUUCCCCCGGCUGGAUGGUGAUCUGAGCGCAAUGAAUCAGGAGCUGUCGCAGCUGACACUGUAUACGAAGGACGAGUGUACGCUGGUGGGCAUGCGAAGCGAACAGGGCAAGAUUGCGGAAAAGAUUUCCAAGCUGCAGGACAAUGUGGAAACGUGGAAGAACUUCUUGUUCGGCAUUGAAGAGCUGCACGGCCGGUUCGGAAAGCAAUCGUACGAGGUGGAGACGAGUUUGCGCGAACUGCAAGAGUGUCUGGAUGAGCUGGAAGCGGAUCAGCGCAGUACGGCCGGUUCGGGCAUGGAGCAUCGGUUGAGUGGUGUGCAAGCGCGACUGAACCUCGUCAAGAAUCAUCACGUCCGAUUGAACACGGUACGGGCGAAUCUGGAAGAGGUUGGCCAAGUGCAGGAAGAGCUCAAGGCAUGCAUCAGCAUGUUCGAUGUGCAGCGCCUGCACAAACGCGUUUGGACGUUGUGGCAGAUCUACAGCAAGCUGGAGCAGCGCAUCGUACUGCAGGUGAAGCGUAGCGAGGAGGCGUCACGCAACAGAAAACUCUUCCUCGAGCACUACCACUCGCUGACGGAAUGGAUGCGACUGUUUGAGAACAAGCUGAACGAUACGAACAAGUACGAGUCCUGUACCGACGAUCAAGUGUUCAUUCGCAGUAUGGAGGAAUCGAUGCGUCAGGAGUUAGCGUUGAAGGAAUGCGAAAAGGAUUGGCUUACCUCCAUGGGCAAGGAUCUGCUGGCGCACUGUUCAACGGCGGAAGAGCACACCGAAAUUAUGAACCAUCUCGAGAAGCUUUACGCACAGUGGGACUAUCUGUGGCGGCUGUGCGACAGUCGCGCUCAGAAGAUAUCGGAAAUUGAGGUAACGAUGCGUUCGCUGGAAUUGCGCAUUGCCGAGCUGCGAGCGUGGAUGGAAACGAUCGAGCGCGAGCUUCGGAUGCCGUUUGCGGUGGACAAUUUGGAGAAAACCAAUCUAGACCGAUUGCUGGACGAUUACGAGAAGCUACAGCGAUCGAUCGAGGGUAAUAGUGGUAAUGUGGCGGAAGUACUGAACCUGUGCGAGAUGUUGUUCAUCGAUGUGCAGUCGUGGAAUGUGCACAUUAACCGUCGAAGCAUUCAAAAUGAUGCAAAGGAUCUGGACUGGCGGUGGAAGAACGUGUGCAUGGAGUCAGGCCGUCGAAAGCAGGAUCUACUGGCCCUGUGGAACAUGCUGCUGGAGUUGCAGAAGAUUGUGGAAUCGCACCAGCAAUGGGUGCACGAACAGCACGCGUACGUUCGUCACCUAGAGCAAUCGGCCUCUUCCCUCGAUGGCGAUCAGCUGGCCGAUGAGCUGGAAAACAUCGCGAUUCGAAUGAAUGAUGUCGUUGCACAGGAACCGAUCCAAUGCAUCAUGCGCAGGCUGUACAUAUCGGUGGCGCACCACGAUCGCAUCUCGGCCGAUGGUUUGCGCUUCCUGACGGCCCCAGCCCAGCAGAUGCUGCUACUCUGGGAACGACUGCACUUGAGCCUAACCAGUCUGCGUACCGAGGUAGAACGCUACCGAACGGAGUACGGUACGUUCGUGAUGGAAUACGAGCGUAUCAUUCUCGCGCUGACACAGAUCGACGUGCAGGUGACGCAGAUCGAACACAUUCCCCCGGAGCAGACAGCGGAUGGUCCGUUGUCUGCGGAAGCACGCAUUGAUCGCUUACGAGAACUUCACAGUGAGCUGCUGUUCGUGGUGAACCUGUUCGAAAAGGAGGACACGCUCGGUGCGGGCCUAAUCGAACGACACGCCAACAAUAACACCAUGACGGAAGACAUUCGACAGAAGAUGGCUGAAUAUCACGAGCUGGGCAAUAGCGUCAAGACGCGCCUCGAUGCACUGCUAACCCGAGCAACGGAAGCGUUCGAAGUGCGCAACGAAAAGGAAGUGGCCGUCCAGGUAAAUACACUGCGGCUCGAGCGCAGUGAGUCCAUAACAGCGAAGGAUGCCUACCGCUAUCAAUUGGAGACCGCACUGACCGAAGCUGACACCAAUCUGCGCAAGCUGGAGGAAGCGAUCGAAGCAAUCAAUGCGAACAACUUCAUGUCGUCGACGCAGAACGUUUCCAAAGCGUCCGCUGCCUGCGAGUCCUCAAUCGAGCUGAUCAAGCAUUUGAGCACACUGCUGCUUGCAGAAUGUCACGCCACAGUGGAGGAAGCUUUCACUGUGCGUGUGAAGGAAGAAACGGAACGAUAUCAUCGUUUGUUGACCGUGUGGAAGGAGAAGCAAGAACAGCUGGAAGAAUCAAGGAUCAUUCCUAAUGCUUACAAUUUUAACUGCGUACACAAUGCGGACUACCUAACGUGUCCGCUGUGUACGAACCGCAACUGGCAGCAGAUCGAUAACGAUCUGUGGCGCCUCGAGCAGUGGCUCGCAAUGGCGGAAUCGACGCAGCGCAAUCAACUCUCCAGCCCACCAUCUGACAUCGAUGCGCUGGAGGACACGAUACAGGACCACCGCGAGUUCCUGCUCGAUCUCGACAGUCACAAGAGCAUCAUCAAGUCGCUCAACAUUGUCGGCGAACAUCUGGCGACGCACACGCGCGAUACCGAUCGGGCGGCCAAGUUGCGCGAGCGGCUGCAGAAGAACAACCGCCGCUGGGAUGCCGUCUGUACCGGAGCGUCCCGCUGGCAGUCAGCACUGAACAGUGCGCUGAUGGAGAACCGCGAGUUCCAUCGGACGAUAGCGGAGCUGAGCGGAUGGUUGGAGCAGACGGAGAACAAGAUCAAGAGCUCGGAACCGAUUGAUCUGACCAGCGAUCAGCGAUUGGUGGAGAAGAAGUACCGCAUGUUCCGGGAGCUGCGGGCGGAUCUGAUGCGUUGCGAGCCGCGGGUCGUGAGUUUGCAGGAGACGACCUCCCAGCUGACAAAGUACGUCGAUGCGAACAAGUCGGAAAAGUUCGAUGAAGUGUAUGCAAAGCUGACUGAUCUUCGGCUGCGCUUCCACUCGAUCCGCCGCCUGGUGGAGAUGUACAUCAUCAAGAUAGGUGCCGCGUUGGGCUAUGACAGCAGCACCAGCCUGGCCGAAAUUCCUUCCUCCUCCUCGAACGCCUCGCUGGCGACCGUCGAUCGGCAGCAGGCAAGACGCCGACAGGCAUCCGAACAGCAGGAGAGCCACCAGCAAGAUGGUAGCGGAUCCCGAAACCAUCCAUCACAAGCGUCGGCACACGAUUCCAGUACAAACAUUGGCAGUGCAGAGGGCGACGACGAUGUCAUCAACACCACGAUACUCACGCGAAGCUAUCGAUUCUUGGGCCGUGUCAUACGUGCCUCGUUGCCCAUCCAGGCGAUGCUGUUAUUGCUGCUCGGUGUGGUCACGCUCAUGCCCCACGGUGAGGAGUACUCCUGCACCCUGGCCAACAACUUUGCCCGCAGCCUGGAACCGAUGCUACGCUAUCCGAACGGUCCACCACCGAUCUAGCGACCUGCGAACGAGCGGGCCGCAACAACCACCAGCCCAAUCCAACAUCCACAUCCCUUCCCUGACUCCAUUCCUUGUGUUCCUUUUAUAAAGCGCAAAAUGAGGCAAUUUUAGUGUGAGAGAGAAUGGUCCCAGCAGUGCCUGGAUAGCUCUUCAAACAUGGAAAGAAUGGCUAUUUACACACUGUAUGCUGUACAGCCUUUAGAAACACACCGUACAUAAAUAUUGUAUUGCCAUUUUGUUUUUGCACAUACAUACAUUAGCUAGAUAUAGAUCGAAUGGCGAAUCGAAAUCCAACGAAAAGCACGACGCAGUAGUACAAACGCGCGUGUAGCAAACCGAGAAGGGAAUGCUCUUCUUCUUAAUAGCUUUUAAGUACAGCCUUUAAGCUCGAUAUAACUUUGGUAAACAGAAGAGCUGCUGGCAACUAAUCUACCCCCUCACUAACCUUUUAGAUGUAUUUAAGCAUUUUUUGCAUUGUUUUGUUUUCAGCGCUGAAGUGGCAUUCUUAUGACGGUUUUAUUUUAUUUUUGUUUUAGGUCUGUAAGCUAUAUAUUUAGCGUGAUAUAAUAAAAGUAUUCUAGGUUGUCUAGAAAUGUUAUCGAA